CUGCUGCUCCAGAGAAGCGGACACGGAGCACUGGAUCCAAACUACAAGAAAGAAGAUUCCACCUAAACAUUAGGAAGAACUUCCUGACAGUAAGAGCUGUUCGACAGUGGAAUUUGCUGCCAAGGAGUGGGGUGGAGUCUCCUUCUUUGGAGGUCUUUAAGCAGAGGCUUGACAACCAUAUGUCAGGAGUGCUCUGAUGGUGUUUCCUGCUUGGCAGGGGGUUGGACUCGAUGGCCCUUGGUGUCUCUUCCAACUCUCUGAUUCUAUGAAUGCGUCUAUUUGGUUUACAUGGGAAUAUGUGUCUGUUUGUCUAUCUGCUUUGUGUGCGUGAUGCUUCCCUCAGUCGGGGUGCUGCUCCGAGUUGGUUUUAUUCAGAAUAUUUACACGACGUGCAAUGAGAAAAGUUCUUGGGGUGGUUUACAACAAUAAAAUACCGAAAUACCGCUAUUUAGCUGCCCUUUGUGGGCACAGGGGUCAACCCCACGGAACUCGAGAUGCGUGUCGGGUGGUCACUUGGGUCUCUUCUGACAUGGGCCCCGCAUUCUUGCAGGUUGGGGGUUGGCAGAAAAGACACGUGUGCGCGCGCGCGCACGUGUGAAUGAGUCAGCGAGCGCGUGGAAGGAAUGUCGAAGUCCAGCUCUGGCCCCGUCCCUUCGCCCUCUGACCCGGAGGAUCCCCGGCCCUCCUCGCCAAGGAACACGCCGCCGCCGCCACGGCAAAGGAGGGCGGCCGGGCGGCCCUCUCAAGAGCCUCGCCGCCCCUCAGCUCUGGCCUUGACGCGCGCAGCCGCCGCGCGGGCCUCGGUUCCAGGCGGGACCGUUAGAGUGACCGUUAGACCGCUACCAUGAAGCUGGUAGCGGCGGCGGCGGCGCUGCUCCUCUUCGCCGCCGGCCUCGGUGAGUGAGGGCGGGCUCCCUCACGCGCGCGCCCCGUUUAGGGACCCGGACUGGACAAGCCCAAGCUGCGGCCCUCAGGCGCUGUUGGACUCCAACUUCCAUCAUCCCUGUCCUCUGGGCCUGCUAGCUAGGGGAUGAUGGGGGGACCCCAGGUUGAGAAAGGCCCCAGCACCUCGCUGUCUAUCAAAAAUGAACACGCUGCCUGUUUAAAAACCCUCAACGCGGUUUACAAAAAGAUAAAAGCACCGAGGAGACCUACAAAAGUUAAAAUACGAAAACGGAUUGCCUCCGCUUUCUAAGCGUCUCUGAGCAGGAACGCGUUGCGCAGGCGCCUGCUUGAUCUCAAGAGGCAGGGAGUUCCCAAGGGCAGGUGCUGCCACACGAAACGAUCAGUGGGGCAGGUAUUGCAGGUAAACGGGUCCCUAUCUGAAGAAGUGUGUUAAUUUUUUCUUCAUUAAUGUGGCUUUUUUUUCUUGUGAAAUUUUAAUAAAUACUAUUUUUUUUUUAAAAAAAAGAAGAAGUGUGCAUGCACACGAAAGCUCAUAUCAAGAACAAACUUAGUUGUUCUCUAAGGUGCUACUGGACAAUAUUUUAUAUAUAUAUAUAUAUAUAUAUAUAUAUAUAUAUAUAUUUCUACUGCGUCAGACCAACACGGCUACCUACCUGAAUCUGAGUCCCUAUUUUUUAAGGGCUUUACCUGCACUCCAUGCUGACCAGGCCUCCCUCCUGUCAGCAAUCGCACUGCAGAAUUCUGCCCUAACUGCAGCUUCCAGCUCAGUCCUCUUCUGACAUAUUUUAUUGAGGAUUUUCUUACAGAAGUAAGUGUAAUGCCUCGUAUUUUUUUCCCAUGUAACAUUUUAACAAAUCCAUUUCAUUUGUUGAGGCAUUAGGGGGAGAAGUAAAAAAAAAAAAGAAAGGGAAAAGAAAGGGGGAUUGGGGGGAGGGAAGAUGGGUGGGGGUGGGGUCGGGUGGCGAUGUUUCUAUUAUGCUUAAUGUAUGUAGAGUUUGGUGUCAGCGUUACAGUGGUGCCCCGCAAGACGAAUGCCUCGCAAGACGGAAAACCCGCUAGACGAAAGGGUUUUCCGUUUUGGAGGUGCUUCGCAAAACGAAUUUCCUAUCGGCUUGCUUCGCAAGACGAAAAUGUCUUGCGAGUUCCUGCGGGGUUUUUUUCCUCCCCCCCCCGUUUUCCCAAGCCGCUAAGCCGCUUAUCAGCUGAUCCGCUAAGCCGCUUAACAGCUGAUCGCUAAACCGCUUAUCAGCUGAUCCGCUAAGCCGCUUAACAGCUGAUCCGUUAAGCCACUAAGCCGCUUAUCAGCUGAUCCGCUAAGCCUGCUAAGCCGUUAAUAGCGCUAAUCCGCUAAACCACUAAUGGGCUUGCUUCGCAAGACGAAAAAACCGCAAGACGAAGAGACUCGCGGAACGGAUUCUUUUCGUCUUGCGAGGCACCACUGUACUUGUGUUCCUUUGGUGGUGAGAGAGGUUGGGGUUGGCCUAGGGUGUGAUUGGCUGUGGUGAUCUUUGUUUUCGUGUGUGAGUGAGGUGGGUGGGUGUUUUGGAUCAGGUUAGCCAUAUUGAUUUGUGUGCUGUUGGUGGAUUAUUUUCAGCAGCCAGAAACACCAUAACCAGACACUGGAGAGACCUGUCAGGAGUAAGCAUGCACCAAUGGUACCAAAUAGUAUGGGAAACAGCUCUACUAGAAAAAUUAACUAAUAAACUGAAACUGACACGGGGACAAACAGAAGAAGACGCCUUCACCCCGGUAUGGCUCCCCUUUAUCACAUACACAGUCCAGCUCAGUCCUGAGGGAAGCCGCACACAGAACACAUCCUAAUAGAGAUGGGUACAGCAGAUGGUUAAGGCAGAUGUGGGUAUCCAGUUGUCAGAUUACUAUCUAGGAAGAGGGGUCAACCUCAGUGUGGAGGAAAUGUCCUUUAAAAUCUGUCUCUGCCUUGGAACCUAGGAAGCUGCCUUAACCAAGUCAAACCAUUGGUCCAUGUAGCUCAGUAUUGUCCACACUGACUGACAGCAGCUCUUUGGGAUUUCAGGCAGGAAUCUCUCCCAAUCCUACUUGGAAAUGUCAGGGAUUGAACCUACCCCUGGCCCAGGGCCCUUCUCCCUUGAGGGAGAAGUAGCCCUUAAAGUAAAGGUAAAGGUAAAGGGACCCCUGACCAUUAGGUCCAGUCGUGACCGACUCUGGGGUUGCGGCGCUCAUCUCGCUUUAUUGGAUCUGGCAUACAGCUUCUGGGUCAUGUGGCCAGCAUGACUAAGCCGCUUCUGGCGAACCAGAGCAGCGCACUGAAACACCAUUUACCUUCCCGCCGGAGCGGUACCUAUUUAUCUACUUGCACUUUGACGUGCUUUCAAACUGCUAGGUUGGCAGGAGCAGGGACCGAGCAACAGGAGCUCACCCCGUCACGGGGAUUCGAACUGCCAACCAUCUGAUCAGCAAGUCCUAGGCUCUGUGGUUUAACCCACAGCGCCACCUGCGUCCCUGUAAGUAGCACUUAAAAUUUUAAGUAGCACUUAAAAUAGUGCAAAAAUGGUACCUCACACCAGUACAAUCAGCCCAUUUUCGUUCCUCCUGCUCACCAAACUGUUGUGGGGAGUUAGGCUCAUAUCAACGCAUAUUUGUGGUGGGAAAGUUCUGGGAGGAAAGUAUUUGUCAAAAUAUAUCUCAAAAUGUCCAGAGCUGAUGCUGCUCAAGUCUUCUCACUGGCGAUGCUGUUAAUCUACAGCUCAAACCUCUAAGUUUUCUUUUAAUAGUGGCUCAAAAUGAGAUGCUAAAAGAAGGUCUAGGGUGCAUCUCUGACAAAUUAGUACAAUCAGAUAUGGCAAAUAGCACUUGUGGGAAAAUCAACAUGAAUAAAAUUGGCAUAAGGUUUGAAACAUAAAUUCUCUUGUAACAGAUUGCUAUAGCUUUGUUAUGCAUAUGGCUAGAAAUGAAAACAGUCUAAAACUUUUUGGUUUACAAACUGUUUAUUGUUUUCUAUACAAAUGGUAGUCUGGGAUAAGAAUUUAUUGUGUUAUUUGGAUAUUAUUUUGGAUGCAUUGCCUUCUGGGUUAGGGUGGGAUAUUUUAUUACUUGUGUACAAUGUCAUUAUAUGUUGUAAGAAUUCAAUAAAUGGGGGAAAAUAGAAAAAAGGAGAAUGGUACUGAUAAAGGCACAAGGGUUUGUCUUUCCUACGUCUCUAUUCGGUUAGCAAUCCUAAUUUAUAUGACAUAAAUGUAUAUAGAAUUUCUAGAGAGACAGCCCCCUGCUCCCAAGCAGGCUGCAAUAUAAUCUAAGGACCUCUCCAGACUAGUUUGUUGUGGGUGUAGCCUGCCACAUAUCAUUAAGGGUGUUUCCAGACUCACUGUUUUCAUGUGGGAUUCAGCCAUUUCUCAGCGAAUUCAGAAUGUGCAACUGAAUGUGAUUGGAUGUUAUUCUUAGGUGUCUUACGGUGCUGUGACAUUUGCGCCUUAUAGACAUUAAAUGGUGAUUAACUUCUUAGCAUUUUUCUUCUUCUCCAGAUUGUCAAACCUUUUUGGAUAUCACAAUUCCAAAGAAAAUUCCAUCCAACAUGACUGAAGAUGGUCUUGGAGAAGAUGAGGUAUUUGGAAUUAAGAAAUAUACUUAUUCAAAAGUUUGUGCUAUGGAGUGAACAUCUACUCAGUGGAUGAUAUUUUGCACAGUGAUUCCCAAGCUUGCUUCCCAUGGGAGUCAACUAGAUACCUCUGGGAAACCCACAAACAGGGCACAUGUUCCACACCUGGGGUCCUCCAGGUGAGUGAAUGAGCAGAGAUCCUCAUGUGUGCAUAAAAAUACAGUUGUGCAUAAGAAUCUUUGGCUCCAACCGCUUCCAGACACUCACACAGGACCUUCACCACCUUCACUGGUUCCGAUUUGAAAGAGAUAUAGAGCUGGGUAUCAUCCGCAUACUGGUGAGCACCCAGCCCAAACCCCCUGAUGAUCUCUCCCAGCGGCUUCAUGUAGAUGUUAAAAAGCAUGGGGGAGAGGACGGAACCCUGAGGCACCCCACAAGUGAGGGCCCAGGGAUCUGAACACUCAUCCCCCAACACCACUUUCUGGACAUGGCUCAGGAGGAAGGAGCGGAACCACUAUAUAACAGUGCCCCCAGCUCCCAGCUCCUCUAGAUGGUCCAGAAGGAUGUCAUGGUUGAUGGUAUCAAAGGCUGCUGAGAGAUCCAGCAGAACUAGGAAACAGCUUUCACCUUUGUCCCUAGCCCGCCAGAGAUCAUCGACCAGCAUAACCAAGAUGGUUUCAGUUGCAUGAUGAGGCCUGAAUCCUGAUUGGAAGGGAUCCAAAUGGUCCACAUCCUCCAGGCGUGCCUGGAGUUGUUCAGGAACUUGACUAGACAGGACUCUAGCACUCUCCCUCCCCGGCCUUGCUCCCAUGGUGUAGUCUACCUCUUUCCAAAUCUGAGCGACUUUAUCUGCAAAAAAGCCUUUGCAAAAUCGUUUCAGGAGAUCUUGGGGUCUUUAUCAGGGCCCGAUGACAAAGGUGGUUCUGUUAAAUUAUGAACCACCUGAAAGAGUCUCCUUCUGCUAUUUUCUGCAGAUGCAAUAGAGGCAGUGAAGAAAGUCCUCUUCGCCAUCGCCACUUGGUAGGCUCAACACUGACCUCUAACCCAUGUGUGGUCUGAUUCAAAAUGAGGUUUCUGCCACCAGCACUCUAGCUGUCUCAGUGAUUGUUUCAUCGCCCUCAGCUCCGGGGAGAACCACGGGGCUGUCUGGGCUUCAGGCAGUCAGAGAGGGCACUUCAGAACCAGACAGUCGUUAGCCCUGGCUCAGCCACUCGCUGGACAACAGCAGCAGCAACAGCAGCAAUCCUUAAGAGCCCUACAGGCCCCGCCCCAAGCCAGCUGGAAAGAGGCCAGGCAGGGCCUUUCAGGGUCUUCUCAGGCAGUCCUCCUGAGAUAAAGAGGCUCAGCCAAUCGCUGCCAUAGCUUUUCUGCCGUCAUCAAAUACAUUUCAAUAGAGACUGUUCAUUUCAUUUGUAAAAGUACUGUUUCAACAUACUCUUCUGACUGAUUUUUUUGUUUUCUUUUGAAUUGUCCAGAGCACACAGACUUACAUUAUUACAAUAAAAAAGAAGAUAUACACAAUUCACCUGCAGCAACAGUAAGUGACCCCCUAGUCUUAACCCUUUGGCUUCUGGGUGUGGGAUGUAAAGUUGCAGCCAAGUGCAACAUUCUGACAGAGGAUGAACGGCCUCUAUGUUCUAACUGGUUGCUGUGACAACCAGUUUGUUGGUUGCUGGUAGUUUUGAAAGAUAACUACUCAGUUGCAGUCUCUUCAGGACCAACUUCCCUCUGGUAUAGUUUAUGUGCUUGUUAUGUAACCUAAGCCUGCCUUCAGGUCCAGUUCUGUAAACCUGAAUGAAUCUAAGAGUAAAAUAGUGUUAUUUUUAACCAGGAAGGCAUCUUUAUUAGUAGAACUCAGAUGAGCCAGCAACAAGCUGAUCGCUGCAUAAACUUAUAAAGGGGAUUCUUUAACUCUGCUAAAGUAAACCUUCCCACAAUGUGGAGGCUGUAGCUCAGUGGCAGAGCAUGUGCCAGCAUGGAGAAGGUUCCAAGUUCAAUCUCCAGUGUCUCUAGGCAGAGACCCCAUCUGAAACCCUGGAGAACCAUGGUUUGUCUUAGCAUGACACGUGACCCAGGCCACUUACUAAUCUGCUCCUGAUUUUGAUUUCAGGCGUCCAUAAUGGCUAGCUCCAGAAGGUGAUCAGAUUGGGCCACUACUACCUCGACAGGGCCACUGGUCUUAUUUUGCUCAGAACUGUCCAGAAGGUCAGAGGCAGUAUGAGAAUUCUCAGUUUAUGCCUGCUCUAGACAAAAGCGCCCCACAAAAGAUUUGUUUAUUUCUUAGGAAGCAUCUUACUCAAACUGUUCAGCAGCAAGUUCCCGGAAUGGCUUACAAGGGAUCAAAGAAGCCCAGUAGUAAUAGUAGUAGUAGUAGUAGUAGUAGUAGUAGUAGUAACACAAUAAAAAAUGACAACACAUACAUAACAAUGGAACUUCCCAAGAAAACAGCAUGGUGGGGAAAAUUCCAGCAGUGAUUAAAAAUGGAUGAAUCUAAAAGGCACUGAAAGGAAAAGAGAGAUGAUAUGCGACAAGCCAUCUUAGGGAGGGGUACUGAUAAGGCUGCAGUCGCCACAAGGCAGUAAGGGGUACUGAGAGAAAGGCCCAAAGUUCAUGUGAGAUUCUGCCCUCCCCCCAAAUUCUGGAGCCAGCCUGGAUUAUAAUGUAUACGGUUAUUCCUAUUUCUGUCUUCCAAAAUGUCAUUCCACAAUUCCAACAUACUGUUAUGUUUUAGUGUGACCUGGAAACAGAAGUCAGCAGAGGACUAUAUGGACACCAACUACUUUGAUUCUUUCUUUUUCCUUAAAAAUAAUAAUACGUGUUUUAUUGGUUUCGUAUAAAACAAAUAUAAUAAUAGCAAUAAAGAAAUAACACUCAGACUACAUUGCUUAUUAAUUGCCAAGGACAUCAAAAGUAAAUAAAAUAUUUAGUUCAACACCCCCUAUGGUGUCUCUUGAGAACAACCCUUGGAUUUCCAUUCAAUCCAGUGGGAAGAAAAGCAAACCACUGCAAAGGGAGACAACAUUGUGGUCAGAACAACCUUCCCUCCAUUCCCUGACACUGUGUAAUCACAGAAUCAUGGAAUUGUUGAGUUGGAUGGGACUCUUGGGUCAUCUAGUCCAACCCCCUGCAGUGCAGGGAUCUCAGCUAAAGCAUCCACGACAGAGGGCCAUUCACCCUCUGCUUAGAAACCCCCAAUAAGAGAGAGCCCACAACCUUCCAAGGUGAUCUGGGCCUCACUUAUGGGAAGCACUGCAGUAAAGAGCUCGGCCUCCAUCAUUGUGAUCGGCAGUUUGCUACUAGUAUUUAUGAAUGCUGUACCUCUCCACUUAGCACUGCCAGCAUAUUUCAGAAGCAUCCCCUGUUUCUGUUCCUUAGCUUGCUAGCUGACAAAGUGCAGCGUUCUAGGGGAUCUUCAUUAGUUACCUCUUCAACCCAACCCUAUGAGACUUUUCCCAGAGGGCAGUCAGUGAUUCUUUUUGCAGUGCCAACGUAAAUAUCACUUUGUUGUUUUCUUCACAGAACAUUUUUGCCCAAUGACUUUUGGGUUUAUACGUACAACCGAGGAGGCUUUGUUAAUCCCAGUUCCCCACAUAUUCAGGUAAAGGUUCUUAAUUGCGUUUGGAUGUCAUUUCAGACAUUUAUUGAUUGAUUUUAAGUGUUUGUACACCACUUGUCAGAUAUAUCACCUCCCUGUACAGCAUUUUGAGGCAAUACAAUAUUGUUAUGGGUGUGUGGGGUACCAUGACUCUACUAAAUUCCUGCAUGCAAGAUUCUGCCCCACCCCCAAAAAAGCAGUGUAAAAAGCAGUGUAAAUGACGUUUCUGUGCGCUCUGGCUUCCAUCACGAUGUUUCUGUUGUGCCAGUAGCAGUUUAGUCAUGCUGGCCACAUGACCCAGAAAGUUGUCUGCAGACAAACGCCGGCUCCCUCAGCCUGAAGCAAGCUGAGCGCCACAUCCCAUAGUCUCCAUCCAGGGGUCCUUUACCUUUACCUAGAGGGCCGCAAUAUGAGAAUGGCUGGGGUGGCUCCCUGCUUAUGGAAUGCUCUCCCAGGAAGGCUCAUCUGGCUCAUCUUGUUACAUAUCUCUGGGGGCCAGGCAAGAACAUAUUCCUCUUCUCCCAGGCCUUUGGCUGAUUAAACAAUCUAUGGCCUUUUAAACAGUGGGUGGUAGUUUUUGUUUUUGCUUGUUACUACAAUAAUCUAUUUUUGUAUUUUUACAUUGAAAACUGCCCUGUGAUCCUCAGAUGGAGUGCACACAUUUGAUAGAUAAUAGUAAUUCCCAUGAACAGCACAAAUAACUGUGGCUAGGCUCUAUCUUUCUAAGACAAGCUAUCAUUGGCACAUCGACUUGAAUGGAUAGAAGAUGGUUAGAAGCACAAUUCUGGGGGAAUUGAAACUGUGCGGCAGGAGGGGGAGAGUUAAAAACUGCAUGUGCACCUAGUUGAUAGAGAAUUUCAAUUGUGUAAAUGCUGCGUCAAUUGCUUUUUUCUAAUUUUAAAAAACAACUUUAGGGUGAAUGCUUCUAUCAAGGAUACAUACAAGGGUUCCCAAACUCUGUUGCAAUACUCAGCACCUGUCAUGGGCUCAGGUAAGAGAUUUCAACAGCCUAAGUCAAUUAUCUGUCAAGCCUAGCAGCAACCUGUCGCUGGCAUAAUCCAGGCACCAGAUGUUACACAAAAGUACGUGCAGUAUAUGUCCUGUCUCUCCCAUCCCCAUCCUUGUGUUUCACACUCCUGACUUUCUUCAGUGGAAGUUUGCAGCAUCCCAGUAUAUUUGCUCUUCUCUGAGCAGUGGAAAGUUCCCAGGUGUGGUGCCUACCCAGGUUUGGUUUCCUUUGGAAGGAAAUCACUGGAGACUUAAUUUGUGUUUUGUAAUAUUUGAGCUUAUUUACAAACAUGCAGGUUGAGCGUAAGUGGAGGCCCUGCUUAAGCAUUCCAGUAGACAGCUAAAUACCCCUGUGCCUCAAUGAGGUAUCCGGAGGAGAUGGCCAGCAGCCUAAGAUCCUGUGCCCCCAAACACAGGGCUAGCAGACUCCAGGGAUUAGUCAGCAGCCCUUAUGCCAGCCGUUUCCUUCUCUAUACAUUCAUACCUCGGGUUGAAGUAGCUUCAGGUUGAGCAUUUUCCGGUUGCGCUCCGUGGCGACCCGGAAGUAACGGAGCACAUUACUUCCUGGUUUUGCCGCUCACGCAUGCGCAGACGCUCAAAAUGACACUGCGCAGAAGCAGCUAAUUGCGUCAAAGUGCAAGUAGAUAAAUAGGCACCACUCCGGCGGGAAGGUAAAUGGCGUUUCCGUGCACUGAUCUGGUUUGCCAGAAGCGGCAUAAUCAUGCUGGCCACAUGACCCAGAAGCUGUACACCGGCUCCCUCGGCCAAUAAAGCGAGAUGAGCACCGCAACCCCAGAGUCGUCCGCGACUGGACCUAAUGGUCAGGGGUCCCUUUACCUUUAAGCUCACUUUUCCUAUAGUCUCCUUGAACCUUGGCUAGUACUUGCUAUUUUUCCAGAGGGCUGUUGCAGUUUGAGAAUGUCAGCUAUGGAGUUGAGCAUUUGAAAGACUCGGCUAAUUUUGAGCACCUGAUUUAUCAGAUAAACAACAAAAACCUCCAGAGUCUACUUAGGAGAGAAGAUUUGCCAUCUACAGAAAGACAACUGGGGAGCGAGGGCAUGCCUUAUAAGUUGCUCUCAGAUAAUGCGGUAAGUGCUAAGAGGUUUCUUUCCUUCUUAGACUGGCCUCUAGGAGUGAUUACCAUCAAUAUUCAUUUUUUAUUUGGAGUCCUCCCUGAGAACUUGGGUUAGUAGGCUUACAAUACAGAUGCAAUGCAAUAAAUAGACAAUAGCUACUAGGGUGGAAAAAGGUGUAUUUUCCUUUGUAUGCUCAUUGCAUAACUUACCUGCACUGGAUGUCUGUGAUGUACCUGUACACAUGAUAUGGAAAAUAAAUUUUUUAAAAAGAAAAUAAAAAGGCAGUGGCAUAGCAUUGGUUUCUGGCGUCCGGGGUGUGUGUGUGCAUGUGCCAGGUGGGGGGAGGGUGCACGCGCACUGGGCGGAGGGAUGCCAGCCCAGCCCUCAGUGCUGAUGCCGCCAGAACGAUUCCAUCCCCAACAGAGCAGAGUGGGGCCAUCCUGAGCCACCUGCCUGUGUUUCUCACCCAAGGCCCUUCUCUGAGGCUAGUGCAGGUGGUGGCAACCUGAAAAUGGGACUUUUCACAGGUGACUCCCCAGUUGUGGAAUGCUGUCUUCAGGGAGGUACACAUGUCACCACCAUUUUCAACUUUUAGGUGCCAGGGGGAAAUGUUCCUGUUCACCUAAGCAUUUGAUCCCUAAUUGGGGUCAUAUUGUAUAGCCGAUUGUGGUGUUCAUCUCUUAGUACUGUGGCAUAGGAUUUAUCCUUUCUAUAGUAUUGCAGAAUGAACACUUCCAGUUUAUUUUUCUUUUUGAUAUUUGUUUUAAACAUCUGUACUUGUAUCCUUUUUAAGACACCUUAAGACAUUUUAUCUAGUAAAUGGUGAAUAAAUGUAAGAAAUAAUAAUACCAUCAGGUUGACUUGAUGGCCUCUUGCUUGACUCUCAUCUUCAUGUCGUGACCAAUACCUGCUUGCCUCCAAACAUCAAACUCUAAUGCUAAACCGUAUCAAAACACCUUUCUGGGCACAGCUGUGCAUAUUUUCCGAAUGCUGCUUUGGAUUUUUUAAACAUUAACCACACUCCUCUGCUGAAACCCUUAGACAGCAAUGGGACUUGAGUGCAUUGGUGCCUAUUCUGGAGAGAUUUUCUGUAGAUGAAUAAAUUGGGAAAGUGAGAGCCACUGUUAGGUGAACUGGACAAAUGCACCACUUUUGAAGUGAUUUUUUUCAGUGGGGCAGAUUGAUGCAGGCUUUGUUCUAGUAAUCUGCUGCUAACGUUAACCCAUUUUGCAUUAUAAAAUCUCCAGGGACCAAAAUACAAGAAAUAUUACUAAAUGUGAUUUAUUUUGUCUUUCCUCAGCCACUGUCAGAUGUCACUAAAGUACACAGAUACAUAGAAAUAUAUAUCGUUUUGGAUAAGGGUUUGGUAAGUUAUUGACCACGAGAAAUACAUCUUCUUGGAAUGCUAACAAGGGCUAUUCAUUGAACCAGCAUGGUGUUGUGCAGAGGUUUUCAACCUUUUUGAGUCCAUGCUCCCUUGACCAACUACCGUAUUUUUCGCUCUGUAAGAUGCACCAGACCACAAGACGCACCUAGUUUUUGGAGGAGGAAAAUAAGAAAAAAAAUAUUCUGAAUCUCAGAAGCCAGAACAGCAAGAGGGAUCACUGCGCAGUGAAAGCAGCAAUCCCUCUUGCUGUUCUGACUUCUGUGACAGCUGUGCAGCCUGCAUUCGCUCCAUAAGACGCAUACACAUUUCCCCUUACUUUUUAGGAGGGAAAAAGUGAGUCUUAUAGAGCAAAAAAUACGGUACAUUCUUUCUGCGGCUGCCCUGUGGGGAAACACACUCCAAGCCUCAGAAGCCAAGUUAUGUCACCCCUUGCCUACAGCCUCUCACCCCUUUUCAAACACCCUCCCUUGUGGAGUAUUCCCUCAGCCUCCUCUUCUUGGGAGUCCUCCAGGCAGCUGCCGCCACUGCCUCUAGUCUCUGAACCACCCCAAAGAGGCCCUGGGAAGAGGAUGCCCCCAGCCUUAGCGACCCAAUGGACAUUGGCCAAAGGUGAACAUGAGGCCAGCACCAUACUCACCUUGGGAGGCUGCCGUGGGUGGCGCCAGGCCUGCAGGGCGGAAAGGCUCCCUUUGGCACUGGGCACUCAGCUCCCAGGAAGGCAUUGCACACAGCAAGCACAAGAAAGGCCAGCAUGCACCUGCCUGCCUGGCUUCCUACUUAUUCAUCCACUCUCAACAGUAAGGGCUGGUCGAUUGGCUGGCUGGGCUCCUUCACCCACUUGCUUGCUUACUCCGAGGCCACCUCAGCUCCUGGCAACCAGCAUCCCCUGGCCAGCCUCAGAGGCACCAUUCACCUGCGGAGCUUGUAGCCAGGGUUGCUGCAGCAAACAACUCCUCCUUUGGGAGGCAGAGACGCAAGAGGGCAUCAGAGGAGGGAGGGAAGGAAAGAGGGACAGAGGCCAGUGUUGCCUUCGGCGCCCCUGGCCAUCUUUUAGGCAUCCCAGGGUGCCAUGGCACAUGGGUUGGAAACCGCUGGUGUAGUGGACAGAGUGUUGGUCUUAGAUGGUGAAAUUUGGCAUAUAGGGUCAACUUGGCCUAGCCAUUUUCUCUCAGUCUAAUCUAGUUUGCAGGGCUACUACUGAGUAUAAAAUGAGAUAACACUGUAUACUCACUUAGCAUAUUAGGAGUAGACUGCAAUUCAAGCAUGACAUGAGGUUGUUGAGGACCCUGAAGACCAUCUCACCCUGCUAAGGUUGUUUGAUUCACUGCUAUCCUACAGACACACAUGCACUGAAAGGCGAGCUCUAAGUGCAUUCAAAGCACUUCACAUCUCCUUUCCAUAUAUGGCGGCCCAACAUUUGGUUCAGGUCUCAGACCAAGUUGCAUAUGACCCAGUGUUCUGUUGCCAACACUGGCAGUCUGCCAUAACUAUUGUCUAUUUUAUUGUUUAUUUUUGCUAUGAUGCAUGCAACUGUUUUUCUCUCCAGUACAACUUUUUGGGUGGAAGCAAAGAAAUUGUAACCGACAGCAUAGCACAGCUUAUUGGUUUUGUCAACAGUGUAAGUGACUGCCAUGUUUUGUUUUUCUUUUGUACUAACAAGAUCCACUUGAAUGUUUUCACUUGGCUCUCACUCUUAACAGCCUUGUCUUGCAAGCAUCUGCUCUGGCAAAGUAAUUGCAUAGCAUUGGAUGAUAGGAAUACUGUACAUGCACACUCAUGAGCUCAUGGCUUGUUCUCUUAUUUAAGGUUACCAAAUGUCCCCGUUUCCCGGGGACAGUCCCCGGAUUUACAAAACAGUCCCCUGACAAAUUCAAUCCAUUUAGUAGGAAGUUGAAAAGUGUCGCCGGAUUCAUUGAAAAAGAUAUGGUACCCUUAAUCCUAUUUCAACAUUACAAUGUUACAGUAAAUGUUCAUCUUGGAAAGAGAGCAUAUAAAUAAUGUAUGCAAAUAAAUAAAUGGCCAACACUGAUCAUUAUGUUCUGUUAUGUUAGACAAUUAGGUCUUGAUCCAGCUAAAUUAGUAUAGAGUACAUUCCAUUUAAAUCAAGACACCACUUAGCUGUGACUAACUGAAAUAGCAUGCAUGGUUUCAGUGGUACUGACCCUGCAACAGAAGUCAAGAUUGGCAUGUCUGACCCUUUUAGGACAUAAUGUUAAACCAUAGUUUAACACAGGGGUGUAUGGAGUGUUAGGGUAGUACCUCUAGUGGGGGUAGUUUGUCCACUUUGGUUGCCACCCUUCACUCACCUCUCACCCGUGGUUCCUAGAAGCUGUCAGCAUACAACAGUGGCCACACCCCAAGAACAGCUUUGGCUGGCUGGCUAAACCAGGUGAGGGUAGCUAAUGGUUCUCAACCCCAUGGUGAGUUAGGGACUUCCCCUGCAUGCAAAGCCAGGCUCCAGCAGAUUGAGCAUACAAGACUUAAGAGUGGGUCCAACAGUCAAGAAGGCGGCUUCUGCAUGUGUUGUAGAGGGAAGUGAGGGGCAGAUGGGGCUCAUCAACCUGGGAAGAAGGAAAACUCCAGUCCUAAACCUCUGCUGCCUUGUGGGAUAUCUUUGGGAGAAGAAAAGGCUAAGGAAUAAACCCUACACAAAUCCGGAGCAGAGUCCCUAAGGCAGUUGGAUGGCAUCUUAUACGCCUCCUUCGGGCAACACCUGCAGCCAAGCUGGUGCCAAAUGCCUUGCUCUGCUUUCCUUUGAACCACAUCAGUGAGGCCAAGAAGGGGAUCUUGUCGUCUGGGCAGCCCAGGACCUCCAGACGCACUGCCCAAGCUUGUGUUCCAGGGAGGUCAGUUCAGUGCUGCUAGCACAGCGGUUUGACAUCACCCCUGGAAGUGCACUCCAUUGUCUCGAGACAGAUGAUGCCAACACACGGUUUAGCGCAGAGGUCUUCCAGCAAUUCUCAGAUCACAGCUCACAUCUGUCCCAGCCAGCAUGGCCAAUGGUUUAAGAGAUUGGGAGUUCAACAAUGUCUGGAGGGCACCACACUGGCUACCCCUAACACUUCACACUAGUAGCAGUGAGGACGUGGGGGGCGCUGUGGGUUAAACCACUGAGCCUAGGGCUUGCCGAUCUGAAGGUCAGUGGUUCGAAUCCCCGCGACGGGGUGAGCUCCCGUUGCUCGGUCCCUGCUCCUGCCAACCUAGCAGUUCAAAAGCACGUCAAAGUGCAAGUAGAUAAAUAGGUACUGCUCUGGCAGGAAGGUAAACGGCGUUUCUGUGCGCUGCUGUGGUUCACCAGAAGCAGCUUAGUCAUGCUGGCCACAUGACCUGGAAGCUGUACGCCUACUCCCUUGGCCAAUAAAGCAAGAUGAGCACCGCAACCCCAGAGUCGUCUGCGACUGGACCUAAUGGUCAGGGGUACCUUUACCCUUUACCUUCAGUAACAGUGAACCUUGGGUUCACACACUCCUUAUUCCCCUCCGCUCUUCUGGCACAGCCAUGAGAAGGACAUCAGAAGCUACUUGCUUCCCAUUUAAAACUAACUAGAGUUUCUUUUAUGUCUGAACUGGGACCAGGGUGAGGUAGGGUGGAGGAACUCUGUUUAGUUAAAAGUACAGUUUGUUGAAACAAACCAGGAUCAAACUUUGGUGUGGGAUCUUGACUUGUUAACAAACCAUAGUUCAAACUAACCAACCUCCGCAGUUCAGAAGUCUCUGGUUAGUUUAAAACCGUAAGUGGACACGCUAAAAGAGGAAUGGGGAGGGGACAGUAUUUGAGCUCAAGGAUCUAUAUGUGCAUGCAGUCUGAAAGUCUCAUUCUCAUUCUCAAACCUUUACUGAGUGGCUGCCGAGACCAUAUAGCACCAGUCCUGAAAGACCUACAUUGGCUCCCAGUACGUUUCUGAGCACAAUUCAAAGUGUUGGUGCUGACCUUUAAAGCCCUAAACAGCCUUGGCCCAGUAUACCUGAAGGAGCGUCUCCACCCCCAUCGUUCAGCCCAGACACUGAGGUCCGCCGCUGAGGGCCUUCUGGCGGUUCCCUCACUGUGAGAAAUGAAGUUACAGGGAACCAGGCAGAGGGCCUUCUCAGUAGUGGCACCCACCCUGUGGAAUGCCCUCCCAUCAGAUGCCAAGGAAAUAAACAACUAUCUGACUUUUAGAAGACAUCUGAAGGCAGCCCUGUUUCGGGAAGUUUUUAAUGUUUGAAGUUUUAUUCUGUUUUUAAUGUUCUGUUGAAAGCCGCCCUGAGUGGCUGGGGAAACCCAGCCAGAUGGGCGGGGUAGAAAUAAUAAUAAUAGGCGUAUGUACAAGAUUCCAGUAGGGUUCAGUACAAAAAAAUAAAUAGAUCACUCAUCAGAAACCUGCAUCUAACACUUACGUUACGUGUAGUAUAACAUUCAUGAAUCCUCAUUUCAUGUUGCCGAAACCUGGCUACUAUCUCCACCUUAUCCCUCCCCCCCCCCCCAAUCCUGAAGGCUUACAUUUGUCUGAAUGGCCACUCCCUACUAACAACCUACAGAUUAAUAAGAUUAGAUUGAAUUGUCUGAAACCAGGAUGUGGGUGACUGAUUCUAUUUGUCACAGCAGUCACCACUCGCUGCCCACCAUCGUCAUGCACCCGGACAGUGUGUGUGUCGCAAUGUGUGCACUGUGGUGCCCCUCCCCCAGCUGUCUGGAGGCUGCCUCCCUGAGGCCACCCCCUCAUUUGCCUCAUGGGCACACCAGCCCUGAGCCCCUGGCUUCUUGCACGUGUAAUGGCAAACUGGUGAGCCCUGGCACAAAUUAGGAUCACCCAAAUCUUUAUGAUGAAUUCGUCAAAAAUUAAGUUGGAACCGCCGAACAUGUAUUUUGCUCUGCCUUUAUUUGAGCUUGCAUUCUUUCCAUCUUUUCAGAUGUUUUCUAGCCUUAAUAUUACAGUAGUUCUAUCUUCUUUGGAGUUCUGGACGGACCACAAUAAAAUCUCAACAGCAGGAGAGCCCGAUGUGUUACUACGAAAAUUUCUACGUUGGAAAAAUUCAUAUCUUGUUCUACGGCCUCAUGAUCUGGCGCUUUUGUUAGUGUAAGGAGAUAUAUUUCUCAUUUAAAGCACUCUAAUAUUGCUAUAGCAUGCAUACUCAUCUACACUGAGAGAUAGUGACUCACUAACAUAGGCGCUUUCUGCCUGGGGCUCUGGGUGCCCAAGCACUCACAAGAUUUCACCUAUAGAGGCUGGGCACCCACAAAAAGCAGUGCCAGGCGCGUGGCCACCACGCCCCGUGGAAGAGAGAGUGCGGAGUUUGGGCGGAGGGUGGAAGAAAGAGUGGAGUUCGGGUGGGAGGGGUCCAGUCGCCCCACUGCUGGAGCUCAUGCCCUGCACUACGACGUCAUGAUGUGGGGCGUGCUGGGCACCCACAGUGUGAGGCCCGAGUCAGUGUUGUUGUUCUCUAACAUUUCAGAGAGGCGUCUUUCUGGUGGGGAUUGAGCCUGGAACCUUUUGCAUGGAAAGCAGGCAUUCCACCCUUUACUGAAAUACUUAUUAUAGAACAUUGUGCCCUUCAACGAUAGAGUAGGUAGCAAAUAUAAAUAACAUAGCCUUCCAUUAAAAUGCAGCGCUGUGCAAACUAGGUACAGACAGAUCAGUUUUAGUCCACUUCAUAUAGCCGUUUUGCAUGUGCUCACAUUUUAUAUUUGUUGUUUGCACAUUCCAUGUGCAGAAGUCCCCCCACCACUGAAAAAUCAUCCCAAAUGUAGUAGUUUUUUUAAAAAAAAACAAUUACAUGGUGGUCUGAGGGAUGACUCGACAUGUUUUCUUUUGUUUAACAACUCAAGCAGCUGGAAAAUGAUAACUAUGUUCUCCCUCCACUGUCAGUGGUAGAAUGCCUCUGAAUACACUUGGUGGGACUCACAAGUGAGAAGAGUGCUCUUGCGUUGAGAUCCUGCUUGGCCUUUGGCCUGAUCCAGCAGCCAGGCCGCAUGUUGAAAAGGGGGCUGCAAAAGCAUCUGGGAGUGUUAUGGUGUAUUGGCUCUCUAAUGGGCUUCAGAUGGGAAAAGCUGGUGGCUGCCCUGAUGGCUGAUGAGGGGGGUAACCUUUUUACUGUACUAAUUUCCUACAACGGCUGUCAUGUCACCAUGCCUUGUUGCUGCCCCAUUCCCUGCUUUGUGUGGCUAACACCUGUUUCACAAAGGAAACUGUGUUAAUGUCAGCCCUCAGACCAGUUAGUGGAAAUCCUGCCCACUUUCCUAGGAGCAUGCCCUGUUGAGCUUAAUGGGACCUACUGCUGGGCUUGGGGUUGUGCUAUUGGGAUCAAAGGAUUUUCAGCCUUUUUGUGCAGUUAUUGAAAAAUAUAGCAUUGCAAGAGCACCAGCAGCUGGCCAUAGAAAGUGAACCGACCUUUCCGUAGGUAAAGCUAAAAUAAAAAGUGCCUAUGAUCAGUCACUGUGUUGUAGAUAGCAUACCAGAGUUAAACCAGAGAGACCUAUUUCCAGAUUCCUCUUCGGCCAUGAAGCUCACUGAAUAAUCUUGGUCCAUCAUUCUGUACAGUGGUACCUCGGGUUAAGUACUUAAUUUGUUCUGGAGGUCCGUUCUUAACCUGAAACUGUUCUUAACCUGAAGCACCACUUUAGCUAAUGGGGCCUCCCGCUGCCACCGCGCCGCUGCUGCGCGAUUUCUGUUCUCAUCCUGAAGCAAAGUUCUUAACCCGAGGUACUAUUUCUGGUCCUGGAGGAGACUCUUGAGAGUCCCAUGGACUGCAAGAAGAUCAAACCGAUCCAUUCUUAAGGAAAUCAGGCCUGAGUGCUCACUGGAAGGACAGAUCUUGAAGAUGAGACUCCAAUACUUUGGCCACCUCAUGAGAAGAGAAGACUCCCUGGAAAAGACCCUGAUGUUGGGAAAGAUGGAGGGCACAAGGAGAAGGGGAUGACAGAGUACGAGAUGGUGGGACAGUGUUCUCGAAGCUACCAGCAUGAGUUUGACCAAACUGCGGGAGGCAGUGGAAGACAGGAGUGCCUGGCGUGCUCUGGUCCAGGGGGUCACAAAGAGUCGGACACGGCUAAACGACUAAACAACAACAACAACAAUUUCUGGGUUAGCGGAGUCUGUAACCUGAAGCGUAUGUAACCUGAAGCAUACGUAACCCGAGGUACCACUGUAUUUGUUUAUCAAGGAAUAAAUCCAGCAUUGCACUGUUACAAAUGUUAUGUCAGUGCAAGCAUCCCCCCUCCCCCCUCUAUGCUGUUCUUGGAGUACUCAGGACCCUGCCCCCAGUCAAUUAGAGGGCAUGGGGGAGAGGGGAGAAAGUCCCAUUGUGCUAGUUCAAGUCUUUGCACAAGUUUGGACCAGUUACUGUAUUUUUUGCUCUAUAAGACGCACCCGACCAUAGGACGCAACUUGUUUUAGAGGGGGAGAACAAGGGGGGAAAAAUCUCCCCCUCUCUGUGCAGCGCCCCUUCAGCGAAGCGGCAGGAGAAACGGAGCCCCUUCCAUUUCUCCUCCCGCUUAGCUGAAGGGGCGCUAUGCCUUAGCUGAAGGGGCACCUACCCUUCAGCGAAAGGAACCCGAAGCCUCCAGAGCGCGGCAGGAGCUCCCGCUGCACUCCGGAGGCUUCAGGCGGCUAUCUUUGAAGCCCGGAGAGUGAGAGGCUUCAGCAGAAGGCAACCCGAAGGCGAAAGGAACCCGAGGCUAUCUGGAGAGUGAGAGGGUCGGUGCGCACCAACCCCUCUCGCUCUCCAGAUAGCCGCCUGAAGCCUCUGGAGUGCGGUGGGAGCUCCCGUCGCGCUCUGAAGGCUUCAGGUGGCUAUCUUUUAAGCCUGGAGAGCGAGAGGGGUCGGUGCGCACUGACUCCUCUCACUCUCCAGGCUUCAGCAAAAGCAACGCGAAGCCAAGGAGCGUGGUGGGAGUGCUCCCACCGCGCUUUGGAGGCUUCACGUUGCUAUCGCUGAAGCCAAGGAGCCUGCAUUUGCUCCAUAAGAUGCACACACAUUUCCCCUUAAUUUUUGGAGGGGAAAACAUGCGUCUUAUAGAGCGAAAAAUACGGUAGUUGAAUCCAGCACAGUAUUUAUUUCGUGCCCUUCCUCACAAAGCAUUAUGUCACAGAGUUGCCUGAGUUCCUUGGAUGAAGAUGUGAUGAAAAAUGUCUACAUAUCAAAUAAUAGUUGUGCCACGUUAAAUGCUCUUGAUGUGGGGCAGCAUAAGGAAGAGAAAUCAACUGCAUCUUUGGACAGCUGUAGGAUGUUAUGUUCACAUUAUCGAUGGAUCCAAGGAAAAGCCAAUUUAAGACAACUAAGAGAAAACACCAGCCGAAGGGUAUGUGAGAGACAGAGACUUUGCCAACCUGGUGCCCUCUAGAUGUUUUGGAUUACAGUUUCUGUCAUAUCCAGCAAUCUGUUGGCUGUGGCUGAUGAGAGUUGUAAUCCCAAACAACUGGACAGCACCAAGUUGGCAAAGCACCUGUCAUAGAUGCAAGACAGAAACUGCACAAGAAAAUGGUGUCCUUCUCUUGCAUGGGAAAGCAUAGAAGCACAGCUCAGGGGCCCCUGCCAGGAAAAGUUUCCCUUCUACUGAAAGAUUCCAGCAGAUGUUAGAGCUAAAUAGCAGAUUGCUCACCUGGGAUUGUGGGCAAAUGAUGGUGGAAGAGACCAGUUGUGGUAACAAGACCUGGGAAAGCUACUGUGUAUGUAAUGUUCUCCACAGUUUCUUGAUUAUGUGAAGACUUUGCCAUUUCUUUUGAAGACACAAUCCCUUUAGCUACUCCACCAUCUACUUUUGUGUUUUAGUUACAGGGAGAAACCUAAUUAUAUAGGAGCAGGAUUUAUGGGGAAGCUGUGCCUCCGGAAUUUUGAUGCAGGAGUUGCUCUGGUACAGUAUCACUGAACUUUCUUGGCUAAAGUGUAUAUGUUGCCUGUCUUGGAUUUAGGUAUUGCAGGGGUGGGUAACCUGUGACCCUUCAGAAACCUGCAGACACACCCUUAGGGUAUGAACAGGGAUGCCUUUUCAACUUCCCUGUCUUUAGAGCAAAGCACAAUAUGAUCUUAGGUUCUACAAAAUGAACUUAAAUACGGUGGUACCUCGGGUUAAGAACUUAAUUCAUUCUGGAGGUCUGUUCAUAACCUAAAACUGUUCUUAACCUGAAGUACCACUUUAGCUAAUGGGGCCUCCUGCUGCCACCGCGCCACUGCUGCACGAUUUCUGUUCUCAUCCUGAAGCAAAGUUCUUAACCCGAGGUACUAAUUCUGGGUUAGCAGAGUCUGUAACCUGAAGCGUCUGUAACCUGAGGUACCACUGUACUAAGAUGUUCCUAAAAUACGUUCCUAAGAGACUUGUUUGCAUUUAGUCACCCAUAAUGGAGUGGAAUAAUCUGGUUCCUGAUUCCAGUUUUCCCUCUUCCUUCUAGUAUCAGAAGUCGAUGAGCAAAGAGCCAUUCUCCGUCAUUCUGGCCCAAUUGCUGGGCCUUAACCUGGGGAUGGAAUAUGACAACGGCAAAGAGUGCAAGUGCCCAGGAGGUUUUGUCUGCAUAAUGAACACGGAAGCAGUGUACGUACUAUGACUAUUGCACUGAGCAGCUCAUAGGUAGUCCUAUGGUGUUAGGACUGGACAUAAGCCUCUGCUUGCACUUUUGAUAGUGGAAGGCAGCAGAGCUCAUCUCCUGUAGCCUUUUUAGACUUUACCAAUUGGUUGGGUGAGCGUUGCUCCCGGACGGGAGGAAGGAAGUCAAAUGACACCAAGGUUCGGUUCAGAGAAAGAGUUUAUUCUGCUCUCCAGAUAGCAGAAGGCACUGCGUGAAUCGGUUCACAGCAAGCACAAAAGCAAGAGAAAUUGCAUACAGUAUAUAUAUCUUCCAGGCAUUCUCUCCCCCCUUCCCCAGGAAUCCAGACACGUAAGCUUAUACACGUAAGUUGACAUCACAGAUGUUCCUGCUCCUGUACUCUUAACCAUAAAAGGGUGUUCCUGUUCCUGUGCUCUUGACCAUAAAAGGGUGUUUCUGUUCCUGUACUCCUUAUUUUGGGGUAAGAAGGUCACCAACUCUAAGAGCACUCCUGGCACCAUUCCUGGGGGGCUGACAAGGUCUGUGCAUCAUUGUGGUCAGGAUGUAAGAUAAGACCCAGAUGUGUCAUCCCUGCUCCACUUUGGAACUGGCAAGGCCAUUCAUUAGGCGUCACGGACUGAUAAAGGAGAGAGCUUUUGUUUAUACAGCUGUGUUCUUGUUAUGCAUUUGCUCAAGUGCUCAAGUUAAUGGUUUUUAGCUAAUGCACCCUUGGAGAAGGAAAAAUGAAGAUUUGGGGGCCCGUUUCAGACUGCCUGCACAGUCAGAUUUUAGAGUUUGGAAACGCAUUCCUUCACUCCUAUCUCAGCACUGUACUGAGAUUAGAGAUAACAGAAAUGGUGGCUACUCUUCUGCAGUUUACCAUCAAAGACCAGGCACAGGCUUAUCUCCUGUGGUUCGUCAACAAUAACAACAACAUUUAUUUAUAUGCUGCCCAUCUGACGGGGUUGCCCCAGUCACUCUGGGCACCUCCCAACAAAAAAUAGUAAAAGCACAAUACAACACCACACACUAAAAACUUCCCCUCAACUUCAGGGACAAAUUCAGAGGCCAGGAAAGCCUAAUUAUGCCUGUGGGUCUGAUGUUCCCCACUUCUGCCAUAAGGGGUGAAGUUCUGCUAUAAAAAGGUAAAGGUACCCCUGCCCGUACGGGCCAGUCUUGACAGACUCUAGGGUUGUGCGCUCAUCUCACUCUAGAGGCCGGGAGCCAGCGCUGUCCGGAGACACUUCCGGGUCACGUGGCCAGCGUGACAAGCUGCAUCUGGCGAGCCAGCGCAGCACACGGAAACGCCGUUUACCUUCCCGCUAGUAAGCGGUCCCUAUUUAUCUACUUGCACCCGGGGGUGCUUUCGAACUGCUAGGUUGGCAGGCGCUGGGACCGAGCAACGGGAGCGCACCCCGCCGCGGGGAUUCGAACCGCUGACCUUUCGAUCAGCAAGUCCUAGGCGCUGAGGCUUGUGCAUUAGCAAACUUUGAAGAGCCAAAAAUCUUCCACUGCUAUUUGGUAUCUGCUGUUACCAUUUUGUACCAAAUGUAACUGGAAAAAAUCCAGUACAGUGGUACCUCGGGUUAAGUACUUAAUUCGUUCCGGAGGUCUGUUCUUAACCUGAAACUGUUCUUAACCUGAAGCACCACUUCAGCUAAUGGGGGCCUCCCGCUGCCGCCAUGCCGCUGCCACACGAUUUCUGUUCUCAUCCUGAAGCAAAGCUCUUAACCCGAGGUACUAUUUCUGGGUUAGCGGAGUCUGUAACCUGAAGCGUAUGUAACCCAAGGUACCACUGAAAGUAGAAAGUGUAAAGCUUGUUUAAUACUGGAGACCUAUGCUAUUUCUCCCCUCAAGAUAAUUGGAGGUGGUUUUAAAGAGGGAUCAUGCUGUGUUCACUCAUUUCUCCUUUUGCCUCUAGACAGCAAGUUCUUUCAGGUCUUUUCUUUCAAUAAUUGCAAAACACCCACAACUUAUAUUUUAAAUACAUGGCUUCCCUCCAAGAAUCAUGGAAACUAUACUUAGUGGUUGUGAAGUGUAGCUCUGUGAGAGGUAUACUACAAUUCCCAGAUUAAUUGGGGGAAGUCAUGUGCUUUAAAUCUAUGGUGUGGAUGUUGACCAGCUGAAAGUAGGACAAAAUAAAUGCUCAUUUUUAAAAACUGGAUCUUACCUUUCAUUGUUUUAUAGUGAUUCAGUAUGAUGCCUCGGAGCCGUGUCUGCAACUAUGCAGACUGUAACAAAACUUCUUGAAAACUUCAUAAAAAUGUUAAAAGGUUUUUAUUUGUUUGUUUUUUGGUGGAAAAAAAUGUUGCUCAGGUCACCUUUCAGGUUUCAGAGACUGGCCUGGCCUCCUGCUGCGCUCGGCAGCCCUCCAUUCAGCAUGCAUAAGAAGGAAGGGGCUCUUGUUUUUAUUUUUUUAUUUAAAAUGUGUUGAGUCUGUAUGCGCGCUUGCCAUGUAAUAAUAUCAGAUUCAUCUUAACUAUGUUUCAGACUUUCAAGUGGAAUUAAAGCUUUUAGCAGCUGCAGCAUUGAAGACUUCCAAUAUUUCAUUAAAUUCAGAGGAGCCCACUGUCUCUCUAAUCGGCCUAAUUUAAAAUUGUUUUAUAAGAAGCGAAGUGCCAGAAGCAGAGCGCUUUGUGGGAAUGGUGUUCUGGAAGCUGGAGAGAAGUGUGACUGCGGCUCUGAAGAGGUCAGUACCUCCUAAAUGUUUUCUAGGUUUGUUCAUUUGAAUGUAUGUCCUGCCCUGUUCCAGGGGUUUUGGGUUGAUUAUUUAAAAUAAACAGAGAAGCAGACAUUUAGAAUAACUCCCACCUACCUCUGCCUGCCUUCCACUUUUGCUCUGGGAAGCCUCCAGGGCUGCUCAAACUCCCCUUUCGGAAAACUGGCAGUUGCGUGGCGAGUUCCCGCCUCCCCCCUCGGAAAUAAAGACACGAGACACCAGAAUUUUAGGUUAAUGGGUCAAAUUAGGCCACAACUUUAUUGAUUGCAGGAAUUGAGCGGUAUUGGUAUUGGCUUAGGCAUUGGUCCUAUUGACUAACCGGCUUCAGCCUGCUUGCUUGAAGACCGGCAAGGGUUAACCACCAGUAGGGGGAGUCCUGCUGAGGCACGUCAACUAGGAGCUCGGGGGCGUGCCAUAGGCCCACACCUCCAUAGGCUUAGGACAAGGCGACGCCCCCCGGAAUCCUUUACCAGACUACCCUUCGAUUUGGGGGGAAGGUGAUGGCGCUUCCUUUCCCCCCCUUUCAUCUCCAUAGCAAUACCCCUACCCAGUCAGCUGGAGCAAGGAAAGAGGGAGAUCCUCCACAGCGCCGGCCCUAAAUAGGGCGGGCCACGCCUCCCGGACCAGCCGAUUGGCUGGCCGGGGAGAUGACACGUCCAAGGAUUCCCCCAGUAUCGCGGGGGCUUUGAGCCAGCCCCCGCGUGCGUGGGGAGGCGCGUGAAGCCCGCAACCCCACCUCCUCUCCAGCUCGGAAGUGACUCUGCCUUAAACCAAGUGGCUCUCCAAGGUUUCAGGCAGUAUUCUCUCCCAGUCCUACCUGGACAUGAUGGGGAUUGAACCUGGGACCUUCUGCAUUCAAAGCUGAUGCUCUAGCACUGAGCUACAGUAAGGUUACCAGAUUUUUUUUUCAAUGAAUCUGGGGACACUUUUCAACUUCAGUAGGAACGAUAGGAUUUUGUCAGGGGACUGAUUUGUAAAUCCGGGGACUGUCCCUGGGAAACGGAGACAUCUGGUAACCUUAAGCUACGGCCCUUCUGGUUGUUUCUGCCUGCUCCUGAUGUGUUUAAAUUGGAAAAAUACUUGUCGCAUUCUCUUCUAACACAGCUUUUGAAAUUUAAAAACAUCAACAACAUGGUUAUCAAAUGAAAAGCUAUGUAGCAGUUAUUUGAAAAGCCAACCAAAGCCAACAGGAGACCAUAUGUGUGUGUGUGUGUGUGUGUGUGUGUGUGUGUAGACCAGUUUACUGUCAGGAAUUUAAAACUAACCCUAUAUCCAAACAACAGUACAAAAAGCUCAUUGGCUUAGAGCCAGGUUAGUUUAGGGACCCAUAUAUAUCUGCCUAGGAAUUAAAUUUACCUUCGGGAAUUGCCUCAUGGGAAUUGCUUUGUAUAUUAAAAAUAGUAUUAUAAUCAGGUUUAUUUGAGUAAAAUUUGAAGUCAACCUUUCCCUCUUGUCUUUUCCUGUCUUUGGAAAUUCCUCUGUGUUAAAAAGCAUAAUGUAGCAGAAAAGAUUUGGGCAGAUUCCAUGUAUAAACCUUUACUUGCAUUUAUUUAAUAAAAUUUACACUCUGCUUGAUUAUAAAACAACAACCCUCAAAGCGGCUUACAAAAAAAGCUUUGGAGUUUCAGCUUUUAUUUUCAUAUUUUUUUUUCACUGUCUAAACUCUUUACUGACCCCAAAUAAAAAGCUGUAUGAUUUUUGUUUUCAGGAAUGUAAGUACAGUAAAUGUUGUACUAGCUCAUGUACAUUUCUCCGUGGAGCAGUGUGCAGCAAUGAACUGUGCUGUGAAAAUUGUCAGGUAAGAUGCUAAAGUACUCUCUUCACUGCCUUGGCCACACAUUCACCUCACUUUGUUUGAAUCGACAUUACAACUUCCUCUGAAUUUUAUCUCCGCAACCUCUGUGUUGCAGCCAAUGCUCAUCCCACACAAAGCUGACCCAUCAAAGUUAAUGGACAUGGCGAGUUUAGUUUGAUUAAUUUCAGUGGGUCUACUGUGAGUAGAACUUAGUUGGUUACAACCAUUUGCAGCCUGAUGUAAGAUGCUAAUUAACACUGAACUGCAGUUAGAUCAAGGAAGAAUUUCCUUUAAAGAUGGAAUGCCAUUUUGAGGAUUUCCAUAUCUACAAUUACCGUAUUUUUCGCUCCAUAGGACGCACUUUUUCCCCUCCAAAAAUGAAGGGGAAAUGUGUGUGCGUCCUAUGGAGCGAAUGCAGGCUUUCGCUGAAGCCUGGAGAGCGAGAGGCAUCGGUGCGCACCGACCCUCUCGCUCUCCAGGCUUCAGGAAGCUAUCCGCAAGCCUUGCAAGCCCGGUGGGAGUUCCCGCGGGCUCACAAGGCUUGCAGGCAGCAGCCUGCAGCCCCGGCGAGUGUCCGCAAGCCUUGCGCGCCCAGCAGGAGGUCCCGCCGAGCGCGCGAGGCUUGGGGCAGCAGCCUGUCGCCCGAGCACGGGAGCCCUCCAGAGGGCUCCCGUGCUUUAGGCGAGUGUCUGCAAGCCUUGCGCGCCCGGCAGGAGGUCCCGCCGAGCGCGCGAGGCUUGGGGCGGCAGCCGGUCGCCCGAAGCACGGGGAGCCCUCCGGAGGGCUCCCCGUGCUUUAGGCGAGUGUCUGCAAGCCUCGCGCGCCCAGUGGGAGGUCCCGCCGAGCGCGCGAGGCUUGGGGGUAGCCUGCAGCCCGAAGCACGCGAGGCUUGGGGCGGCAGCCACGGCGGUGGGGGGGGGAAUAAUUUUUUUUAUUCAUUCCCCCCCCAAAAAAAACGAGGUGCGUCCUAUGGGCCGGUGCGCCCUAUAGAACGAAAAAUACGGUAAAUGCUGGUGUUGUUCAAGGGUAGGGAAAGAAUCUCGGGAUCUCAGCAACAAUGUAAGCACUGACACAGGUGAGUGUGAAGGUUUACCAGAGUUCUGCAGACCAUGUAGGAGAAAUCCAAAUCACAAAAUGGAGACACGGUUUUAUUGAUUGCAAAGCAAUGCACAUGGCCACCAGGCUAAUGCAGUUACUGAUCAAAGACGGCUUACUGCACUCAGAAUUAUACCUUCAGCGGCAGCUCAUCUAGCCUUCUGGCAGAAGAGACUCUUGUACCUUUUCUGCUCAGCCCAAAGCAGGACAUCACUAAUCUCUAGGGAAGAGGCAGGAUAUAAAUAAAUAUAUAAUAAAAUGGUACUACUACUGCUCCUACUGCCACUACUAAUAAUAAUGGAUCAGUAAGAUAGUCCCACAGUCUAUUUCCCAUGGGAUUCUUCAUCAAAGCCUUGUUGCUCCCAUUGCUCUUUCCCAGCUCCUGCCAAGCUAGCAGUUCGAAAGCACACCAGUGCAAGUAGAUAAAUAGGUACCACUGCGGUGGGAAUCCUCCUCAACCCUAGCUGUAGUCCUCCAUGAAAAAUGCUCUUGAUACUUUCCUUCUUCCUUUUCCUUUUCACCUAGUUCAAGCCAAGAAACACAAUCUGUAGAGCAGCUAUAGAUAGUGUCUGUGAUUUCCCUGAGUACUGCAAUGGCAGUUCAGCAUCCUGCCCAAGCAAUGUUUACGCCCAGAAUGGCUAUAGCUGUGCCUCUAAUUCUGGCUACUGUUAUGGUGGAUCCUGUCAGUCGGCUGAUCUACAGUGUCAGGAUCUUUUUGGUGAAAGUAAGUGAGACAACUUGCUUUUUUGCUUCUUUUCAAAACAAAAUGAAAUAUUUACCCUGAAAUAUAAACAAGCAAGCAAGCAAACAAACAGCUUCCUUCUGUAACCAAAUUGUGUGUGCAUGCCCACUCGCACCUAUACCAUGAGCUUUCCUCAGCUUUUAUACCAGUUUGCCCGUCGAAUGAGCCCUGGGUUUCUCUUGGACUCUCUGAGCAGAAUUCAGCGUCACACGAUUUAGAUUGUUCCAUCAACAAUGCAAGCAUUUCUGCUUGGCUGAUGAAAUCACCUCCCCACUCCUCCCCCCACGCCCUGUUUUGGGGGAUCUCCUGACACACCUGCCCUUUCACCUGAGCUGGCUGGAGGGGGAAGCCCAUGGCACUAUAGUGGUGCUGUCUUCCACGUUUGCAACUAUUGCCCAAUGUGGCUGAUUGCCAAGGCAUGCUUCUUCUUCCUUGGUGCAGAAGAUGGCCACCAGAAUUCUGACUGGUAUGACCAGGUUUAUGCAUUGUAUGCCAACUUUAAAAUCACUCUACUAGCUACCGUAUUUUUCGCUCUAUAAGACACACCAGACCACAAGACGCACCUAAUUUUUGGAGGAGGGAAACAAGAAAAAAAAUAUUCUGAAUCUCAGAAGCCAGAACAGCAAGAGGGAUCGUUGCACAGUGAAAGCAGCAAUCCCUCUUGCUGUUCUGGCUUCUGGGAUAGCUGCACAGCCUGCAUUCGCUCCAUAAGACGCACACAUAUUUCCCCUUACUUUUUUAGAGGGAAAAAGUGAGUCUUAUAGAGCAAAAAAUACGGUACCUAACUACACUUAGGCACAAGCCAAAAUGUUGUUAGUUACCAUGCCAACCUGUUCAGUUAGGUUGUUUUGGUGAAGCCCUUCAUCAAAUGCCUUUAUGAGGAAUCCUGCUUCCUCUGAAGGCCUAUCUAGUCAGGAUUCUGUUCUCACCGUAGCCAUUGAGAUGCCAAAAGGAAGCCUACAAGUAGCUCUCCUGCUCCUUCUGCCUCUUUCUACAGGAGGUUAUACUGUAUAUAGAUCCGUCAUAGCUAGUAGUUAUUUAUAGACCUACCAUUCAUAAUUUUGCUAAUCGCCUUCUAAAUCCAUCUAAGUUGGUGGCCUUCACUACAUGUUGCAGUGAUCUCCAUUGUUUACCUAUGUGCUGCAUGAAGAAAAUAUUUUAAAUAACUAAAUAAUUCUGCUUCAGUGAAAACAAAGAGUCUUGCAGCACCUUCAAGGCUAACAAAUUUAUUAUUUGCGGAGGCAAAUCCAAUAUAUCAGACUUUAUGCAUCAGACUGAUUUGUUUUUACACAUACGAAAGUAUCUGUUAAAAGCAUUGCUAAAAGAAAACUAUUAAAUGUUUCAUUUUAGUCCUUCUAAUCAAAAUCCUUUUAAUAUUUAUAGAGUCAAAAAGUGCUCCGCAAGCAUGUUAUGAAGAAAUUAAUGGUGAGACAGAUAGAUUUGGACACUGUGGGAUUGACAUAAGAAAGGGAUUUAAGACUUGUUCUUUGCGGUAUGUGAUUAGGAAACAGAAGAAACUGUGGCAGGAUGUUUGUGGGCUGGCGGCUUAGGCAUCUUCUAUUGUAUGGUGCAUGUUUUUACUGUUGAUAUAGUAUCAAGGUAGCCAGGUGGAGUGGGCUGUCAUGACUCUCCCACAGGGACUAGGACACCCAGUUGGAGGCUCCUGUGUCACUAGCUGAGGGAUGGCACUGGGUUUCUGACCCUGACGCUGGUGGUUAGUCCCACUAAACUGUGGCUGACAGUCAGGUGUCUGCUGAACCACAUCCUACAGCAUCAAGGCCAAUGGAGCUGGAGCCAGGUUUAUCCUGGGCAUCUUUUUCCCCAAGACCAAGUAACACAGUGUCUACCACAUUGUCAGUCCAAUGGUGCAAGAAGCAUACCAGAUGGGAGGUCAUAGAGGUUUACAAGCCCUCAGUUCACUACCAAGCAGGAGCGGAUCUUGGUAAUAUGGUGCAAUGCGUGAGGCCCAAAUUUGAUGUAUUCCCCACUCCACCCCAAGCUGCCUUCCAAAAGCCGGAGAAGGGAGGCACCAAGCUUUGGGAAGGAGGCACAAGGCUCCCUCCCACCUCCUUCCUAAAGCUGGGCAAGUGCUAACUAGGCUUUGGGAAGGAAGCAGGAGGACUCUAGGAUCCUGUCAGAGCCCUCACGCCUCCUUCGCAAAGCCCAGUGCUUACUUUGGGGGAAGGUGCACCCUUGACUCCUGUGCCCUGGGUGGGGAAACCAGGCACGCUGCCCGAAAUCCGCCUCUUUUCCAAACCUUGUUGCACACCAGGCUCUGUCUCUGUAGCAAGGGACGUGGGUGGCACUGUGGUCUAAAUCACUGAGCCUCUUGGGUUUGCUGAUCAGAAGGUUGACGGUUCGAAUCCGCAUGAUGGGGUGAGCUCCUGUUGCUCUGUCCUAGCUUCUGCCAACCUAGCAGUUCGAAAGCAUGCCAGUGCAAGUAGAUAAAUAGGUACCACCCACACUCUCUCUCUCUCUCUCUCUCACACACACACACACACACACACACACACACACAAACAAGCAAACCACACUGCAGCUAACUGAACACAACCAACCAAGCGUUGGACCCUCAAAUCUCUUGCAAUGCCAUCAUAAAUGAAUAAAUAUAUAGAGGACCUGCCCACACAAUGCUGACAUAAAAACCCUGCACGAAUACUACACAACUGAACAAAAGAUCAAGAUCUCUCUCCCCUUUCCUCUCUCUUUUUCCCCAAUCGCAUAUGUGUCUAGUACCAAAUGUUGACAAACUGUGAAAAAAACUCUAUGAAUUGAAAGUAGAGACACUAUAUGUACUUUUUUGUCUGUUUGUUUGAUACACAAUAAAAUCUUUAAUAAAAACUAAUUUAAAAAAUAGAGGACACAACACAAAAGAAGGAUUGAGAAGAAGGCUUAAUUAAUUAAUUAAUUAAUUGUAGAUUGCCUUUCACCAAAAUGAUUAUAAGGUGGUUCACAUAAGAAAAUCAAUACAGCAAAAUCAUACAGCAACAACAACAAAUUGUUGUUGUUGUUUAGUCAUUUAGUCGUGUCUGACUCUUCGUGACCCCAUGGACCAGAGCACGCCAGGCACUCCUGUCUUCCACUGCCUCCUGCAGUUUCGUCAAACUUAUGCUGGUAGCCUCGAGAACACUAUCCAACCAUCUCGUCCUCUGUCGUCCCCUUCUCCUUUUGCCCUCCAUCUUUCCCAACAUCAGGGUCUUUUCCAGGGAGUCUUCUCUUCUCAUGAGGUGGCCAAAAUAUUGGAGCCUCAGCUUCAGGAUCUGUCCUUCCAGUGAGCACUCAGGGCUGAUUUCCUUAAGAAUGGAUAGGUUUGAUCUUCUUGCAGUCCAUGGAACUCUCAAGAGUCUCCUCCAGCACCAACAACAAAUUAAGAUAUACCAAAAUAUAUCAAACAAACAAAUUAUGAUAUACCAAAAUAUAUCCAUUGGGCACAAAUUGUUGGGGAAUAAUCUUUGAUGCCAGAUGUUUCAAAGGUUGAGGAAUGGCAGCCCCUCCCGUUUGUCAUCUGUGUAAUGAAAAGCAUGCAUUUUUAGGUAACAUCUUCAAAAACAUACUUCCGUUGUCAAAUAUGAUAUCUUGGAGGUGAAAAAAACAGAUAUUUCCAAUACAUAAUCCCCAAAUCUUUGCAAAUGUGUGAUCCUGUUCUUUUCUCCAAAUGCCUUUGACAGGGAUAUCAAAUGUGGAAAGUUAAUUUGCCUCUAUCCAACUAGAAACCCUUAUGUUGACAUGGACGUUCCAGUUCUAUACAUUCCGUUCCAAGAUACCCUUUGUAUAUCUCUGGACCUUCAACAACCAGAGGGCUUUCCGGACCCAAUGCUGGUGAAAGAGGGUACAAAAUGUGGAACUGAAAAGGUAAGGGAUACAAUCUGACACAGCAUGACUAUUACUGUUGCUUAAAUGUUGUCACCAGUGCGUAUGGUGUCCUAAAGAGCAGCACAAGCAAAAGGAAGACCACUGGUCUCAUGCUUGAAGAACUUAAAAUCUAAAUUUCCGCUAUGAGGAGACAGGUAUGAUGGGCUGGGAGUGAUGGGAGAAGCAGAGAUGGUAAUCAGCAAAUGCAGUUAGACGUUGUUUGUUCAUAAAGUAUACCUAAAGCGCGGGGGGGGGGGGGGACGGACCUCAAGGCCAGGGGUCUUUUUUUUUUUUUUUAAUUGAUAUUUAUUAAGUUUUCAAAGAAUAACAACAAAAAUUUCCAAAAAAUUUUGAAAAUACAAAAAACAAAAAUAGUACAUAAACAAAAAAGAAAAGAAAGCCCAGCCGCAAAGAAAAAAAAGAAAGACAGAAAAACAAAAAUAUAAAGUCCUUUACAAUCUCUAUUGACUUCCUUUCUAGACUUCCUCCUCCUCCCCUCUCUUGUUUCUUAAUUUUUAAUUUUUACAGCAAAUCCUUUCUGUUUUUUCAUAACAAUCUGUCAUUACGUUUCCUUAUUCUAUUUUCCCUCUUGUCAUAUAAAAACUUUAAAACUCAUAGCUUAUAUUCAGUAUUUACCAAAUUCUUACAUCAUUACCUUUUACGAAUCAUUUACCAAUCCUUACUUAAGCCAUGUAAUUUCAUUCAACAUCCUUCAAACAUUUGUAAACAUUCCAAUCUUAAAAAAUAAGAAAUAAAAAAUACUACGUCAACUUCAGUCCAGCCGGCUUCCAACCGCCCCUCCCCUGGACCCGGGAUGUCAGUCCUUUUAACCUCGUUAAUCCGGCUCCUUAACCUGGGGGUCUCGUAUCCGAGGCCCUCAAGUCUCUUUCUUUGCCCCUUUCGCCACUCUUGUUGAUGAUUCCCUUCCAGUCGUGGAUACUCCAGCAAGAAAAUGCUUUUGACUCUUUGCAGCAAGUCCAUCCCAAACCCAUUGCCCAAGCCAGACAGCAGAUAAUACCACUUCAAAUUUCCACAAAGCUUGGAGACUUCGGCUACUCCAAUCCUCUGAUAGCCCUUCACUAGACUCGGAAGAUCCAAAUAACCAUAUAGAGGGGGGUCGAUCCAUCCCCCCAUUUCCAAAUCUGACCACAUUUCAUCUUUCCGAAUCUGGUUUGUCCCAAGUUCAUUUGUCAAGUUCAAAGGCUGAUCUUGCCCGUCCAAAGGUCCCUCCAUCUCUGAAGCCUCCGUCACUACAGCAGGUUCAUAUGCUUGUAUAGCCUUUAACUGAAUUUCAUUUGUUUGCUGCUGUGCUCUGGUAACUUCCAUCAUCAAGGUCGUCUCCUGACGCAUCUGGUCCAGCUGGGCACUUAGUUUUGAAAAACCUUCCAGGAACAAUUGUUCAAGCCUUUGUACUAGCAUUGUCCUUCAAGGUCAAAGAAAAUUCCUUCCCACGACAAUAGUCCAAUAGUCCUUCUCUUUUAAACUCUCUGCGUUGCAAUUUCACUAAAUUCCACUAGAUGGAAAUUUUUUUUUUUUAAAGGAAUAAAAGCAACAGCAACAAUCUUUCUUUUUCCAGAAACACUUUAUCCAAAAUUCCCCCUUCCAAAUUCAAGAGGCAACAGUAGAAUCAAAAUGUUACCCUUCUUUUAACUAACUGUCGAGCUGGAUAUACUUCAAAACGUCAAUUCUGACAGCCCGCUCCUGGUUCAGGGCGGUGGAAAAUUGCUUUAUUUUAAACUCACUUCCGCAGGAUUGAAAAGUCCAAAUACAACCCCCCUUCUUCUCCUGCAGUCAAAGGGGGGGUUCAGAAAUCUUAGAUGUUGAAUUCUAGUUCUCUCAGAAUUUAAUUUUCAAGCUUUAGUAUGUUUUGUCUUUGCUUUCUUCACGUAACAAAAGAACGGAAGGCUGACUUCCUGUUUAGACCUUCCCAUUCCGAGUCCCAAUUAAGUUCAAUUUCAAGUCCAAUAUUAUUUGUUUAUUCACCAGUCUUAAAAGUAGUUCAACUCUUCCAAGAUCAGGUACUCACGGAUAGAUGUUUUAGAUGCCAAAUUGUCCAGGAAAAAGGCAGCGCUCUCCGAUAACGGCAGUGCGGCUUUGCUGCACGGAGGAAGCAGUCGACUCACAGCACCACGCACCUUCCACUCCGGAGCCCGUUACCGGGCUCCUGUACAAGGGGAGAGAGCGCUCUGGUGCCCGCCGAGUCCCACGUCCACAGGCUUCUUCCGCCUGUGGUUUUUGCGGGUCCCGCUGCGCCGUAGCGGCAGGACCCAAGCCUCCGUGCAGCGGGUUCCCUUCAGUCCGAAGGGAAUUCCGCCAUUUUCCGGAGGCGCCACCCCGGAAGUCCCAAGGCCAGGGGUCUUAAUGCAGCCCUGCAGACUUUCCUGUCUCCUCAGGCCAUGCCCCCUCCACAGAUCUCACCUCUCGUUGGCCAUUCCCUGUGCCCUCCUGGACUGCUUUUGCUUGGCUGCAACAAGUCCCUGAGCAGUGCUGACACCUCUUGCUUGCCUGGGUGGAAGAGGGAGAGAAGGGUGCGCAUGUGAACCCACACAGCACGGCCACAGACUUGCACGGCCGGCUUCUCUCACCCCUCUUGUUCCAUCCACUUUAGCACAUGGCCCUUGGAAGACUAGUGAGGGAACGGCCUUUGGCCUGAAAGGGGUUCUUUGUCCUGGCCUUCAGGUAUUUACAUGUUUGGCUUCCUUUCAGUUGGGGAUGACGCAGUGCCCCUCCUGACAUGGUGUUCUUCCUCCAGUUCUUCCUCUUCCUUUUCCUCUUGCACCAGACUGAGACCAAGCGAGAGUUGCUACUACUGCUGAUUGCAAAAGGGGAAGCAAGUGAGAAAAUACCUGCCCAUUGCAGCAGCCAGAGACAUGACCACUAUCCCCCCCCGCCAGCUUGUACUCCCCCUAGCAGCCACUUGGGACGCGGGUAGCGCCGUGGGUUAAACCACAGAGCCUAGGACUUGCCGAUCAGAAGGUCGGCGGUUCGAAUCCCCGCGACGGGGUGAGCUCCCGUUGCUCGGUCCCUGCUCCUGCCAACCUAGCAGUUCGUUGUUGUUUUUUUUAAAUGAUAUUUAUUCCAAGUUUAAAAUUACAAAAAGAGAAAAAAACAGUACAAAAUACAAAGACAAAAUUAACCAUAACAGAGCAAAAAGUAAAAAGAAAAAAGAGAACAAUAAAAUAGAAUAUAUAUAAAAAAUAAAAAAGCAAGACAAAAGAUAUAAAAAUGCAUUAAGUUAAAAUAGAACAAAAACAGAUUAAACCUUUACAUAACUUUUUCCCUUUACUUAUUUCCUUGACCUCCUCUCACCUCCCAAUUUUGUAUUCUAGUUCAGAUCAUUUUUUCAGCAAAUCCUUCCAACCUUAUUUUCAUUUACGUAUUUUAAUUUAAAAUAUUGUAAUUAAACAUCCUCUGUUUCAUCAAUUUCAUCAGCUCAUUUUUGCUUGAUCCUUUAUAUCAUAUCUACCAAAACUGCCUAAUUUUCUUUUUCCAACAUCUUUCUAACAGUCUUUAAUAUUACAAUAUUUUUGAAGAUAUAUUUUAAAUUUUUUCCAAUCUUCUUCCACCGACCCUUCUCCCUGGUCUCGGAUUCUGCCAGUCAUCUCAGCCAAUUCCAUAUAGUCCAUCACUUUCGUCUGCCAACCUAGCAGUUCGAAAGCACAAAAGUGCAAGUAGAUAAAUAGGUACCGCUCCAGCGGGAAGGUAAACGGCGUUUCCGUGCGCUGCUCUGGUUCACCAGAAGCGGCUUAGUCAUGCUGGCCACAUGACCCGGAAGUGUACACCGGCUCCCUUGGCCAAUAAAGCGGGAUGAGCGCCGCAACCCCAGAGUCAGCCACGACUGGACCUAAUGGUCAGGGGUCCCUUUGCCUUUACCUUAGCAGCCACUUGCCACUCACUCCUUAAUCUGCCUGUAGGCUUCAUUAGAUGCCCUCUGACUUUCUUUUUAAAAAACAAGACAAAACAAAGAUCUUUAUUGAAAUUUAACAUAUAUACAUAAUAACCAAAAUUCCCAAUGAUUCCCUCACAUAAAAUAUAAUAUCUAAAUUACAACAGCUGCAAAAGUAUACACUUAAUUAUAAGACCCGCCUCCCACCCUCUACUUCCCUCCACAGCAAUUCGACUUCUUUAUAUUUCUUUCUACCUUUUUUCCCUUGCAUUCUGUAAUAAAUUAUUUUUGUUAAAUUCUGAUUUUUCCUUCUUUCUUUCUUUAUUUUGUUAUUGCUUACAUUUUUUAUUCUAAGCCUAUUAACAUGUAAUUUUUAGAACAAUAUUUUGACAUAUAAUCUUCGAAAUACUUCCACUCCAUUCUUAACUUUUGAUUUGAUUGAUAUCUUAUAAUUGAAGUUAAUUUUGCCAAUUCUAUAUACUCACUUAAUUUACAAAUCCACUCUUCCUUUGUUGGUAUGUCCUGAGAUUUCCAUAUUUCCAUUUAGUAGCAAUCACUACUCUGGCAGCUGUGCCCUCUGACUUUCAUAGGAGGUGGAGGAGACUGGAAGAGGAAAAGGUUUUUAGGCAUCAGUGCUGGACAAGAGGAUGGGAUGAAAGCAGGGCAUUAUGGUUAAUCUUGUUCCCCACCCCCCAACCUCCCAUGAUAAUGCGGUUUUCCUGUAAAAAGGGUAGAUCUGGAUUAAUGGAGGAGGGGGAAAUACAGACUACCAUAUUUUUUGCCCCAUAGGACGCACCGCCCUAUAGGACACACCUAGUUUUUUGGGGGGGAAAUAAAGAAAAAAAAUUAUUUUCCCCCCUGGUGCGGGGGAAGCCCGAGCUUCCCCCGACCCCAGCCCCCAGAAGAGCCUGCUAUCCGCAAGCCUAGGGAGCCGCACCGGUCUCCCCAGGCUUGCGGACAGCUGUGCGAAGCCCGGGCGCGCUGAGGCUUCCUAAUGCAGGCAGCUCUGCGCAACCCUCCUGAGCCUGACGCAGCUUGGUGCCGGGCUCCGGAGGGUCACGCAGGCAGCUCUGCGCGGACCCCGGGAGGGCAGGCAGCUCUCCACAACCCUCCAGAGGCCGGCGCGGCUUGGCGCCGGGCUCCGGAGGGUCGCGCAGAGCUACGCAGAGCCCGGGGGGCAGGCAGCUCUGCGCGACUCUCCAGAGGCCGGCGCGGCUUGGCGCCGGGCUCUGGAGCGAUGCGCAGAGCUGCACGGAGCCCGGGAGGGCAGGCAGCUCUGCGCGACCCUCCAGACGCCGGCGCGGCUUGGCGCUGGGCUCCGGAGGGUUGCGCAGAGCUUCCUGAAGCCUGGAGAGCGAGAGCCUCUCGCUCUCCAGGCUUCAGCGAAAGCCUGUAUUCGCCCCAUAGGACGCACCCACAUUUCCCCUUCAUUUUUAGAGGGGAAAAAGUGCGUCCUAUAGGGUGAAAAAUACGGUACCACUUUGAUGCAGAUGACAUUGUACAUACAAUGGAAAAAUCUUGCAUACAGAUCUCGCAAUAAACACCUGUCUGGAAGCACUCAUAGAUGUGGUCUGGUGAAUGCAAAAGGUCUGUUGCAGGGCAGCAACUCUUCUGAAAACUGAAAAUUUAUUUAUUUAUUUUUAAGGUUUGUCUCAAACAAGUAUGUGAAAAGUAUGACGUUCUGAAAUAUGAUUGUGAUCCUACAAAAACGUGUUUGGGGCAUGGAGUAAGUAAAACGAAUGUUAUAUUUUUCCAUGUUAGUGUUUCUGCUAUAAAAAGGAGGUGUGGUGUUUUCCUUCAGAAACUAUUUGGUUGUUUUCUUGUGUGCCUGAAGUUGGCUGUACAUAUGCAAGAGAUUGAGGUGGUGGAGUUCUGAUGUGGUGGAGUUGACUGUCCUACUUCAGACUACAGCUGGGGAGUUUCAUUUUUUACUAAAACCACCUUGUGGGUAGAACACUAGCGCAGCAAGAAGAGUUCAGGUUAUCCUUCUAACUGCUGUGUUAAUUUUCUACUUGGAAGGAAUUAAUCUCCAAUGCAUAGCUUGAAGUGGUACAGCCAGCUCUUACCACUUUAGGAUUCUUCGACUCCAUUCUCCUUCAUGUGAAGAUAUCCAGCCGCAGACACUCAGGGUUCUUGACAGUUUCUGAGGGCAGCCAUAGAGAUAAGAAAACUAGAUGACACACUGUGCCCCUUCCUGCUUCCUGAGCUCCUCCAACGUGCCAUCAGCGGUGGUGCAAGAGAAAGCCUUUGCAUCACAGUGCUGAGCUGAGAGGAGAGACAGCGUUUCUUAAUCCUUAUAGAAUGCUGGCCUGGGAGGAGAAUUUUCUCUCCUCCCAGCACACUGAUGGGAAGGGACCCCCCCCCCAUCUUCCACAGGUGUGAUUGUAUGAUUUCAUGUAUGUUUGCGGGGGAGAGAAAUAGAGCUACUUGCCUGCAUGUAUGUCUCUGGUCUGCAUGUGUACCAAGCCUGUGUACUUUAUGUGUGGUAACUUCAGAAUUUGCAUGAUUGCUUUUGCCACAACCACUGUUGGCAUGUGAUCUGUAGAGGGUUGACCAGUCUUGAAUGUAGCCCAUGGCCUGCAAAACAUUAGCCACCACCCCUGACCUAAAUGCAUGCUUUCCGCUGCUAAUUGUGAGAUCAAGGCAUCUGUUAACACAUUCUAACACAUCCAUGACUUGGUCGUGGAUAGAGGAAUUGAUCUGGCAUACAUAACAGAGACUUGGUGGGACAUGGCCAAUGGGGCUAUUAUUGCUUCUGCUUGUCCACCAGGUUUCUCUUAAGCACUGCAACCGAGGGUAUGUGGGUGGCAGAGUGGUGGUUAUUGCAGCAGGUUUUAGGAAGUCAUUAGUUUUCACCGGGCAUCCUAUUAAAGAGACCCAGUUUUCUGAAUGCAUGUUCUAGAAGUUGGGCAGGAUUCCUAUUGGGGUACUGACCUCCCCACUGAACCAAGAAUUCCCUGCCUGAGCUGCUUCAGGUCAUGGCAGAUGUUCUGCUGGAGACACCUAGUCUGGUGGCUCUAGGGGAUUUGAACAUCCAUGCUGACAUGACCUUACACAGGACCGCUUGGGACUUCAUGGAAAGCAUGGCCUUCAUGGAGCUGUCCCUGAAUAACUCUGACCCUACUAAUAAUCAUGGACAUGCCUUAGAUCUGGCGUUUACCGCUGUGGAUGUGGGUGAUCUGACAUUAAGUUCCAGUACAACAAAAGAAGUGCCAUGGUCAAAUCACUUCCUGGUGCAACUAGACUUCUCUGUGACCCCCUCUGCAGGGAGGUGGGACUGAUUCGAAUGGUCACUUAAUAGAUCCAAAUGACUUCCAAAGAGUGGUGGGGGGUAUCUUGUCCCCAUGUUGAUGGCCUCUCAGCUGAUUCCCUCUGGACCCAGCCAUUAUGGCCAGUUAUUAUCUAGUCUCAACUCUUCCAUUCUUGGGCAAAGUAAUUGAGCAGGUGGUUGCUCAACAACUCCAGGCAUGUCUAGAGGAUGGGGAAUAUUUGGAUCCCUUCCAUUUAAAUUAGAACAAGUGAAUGUCCUGUGUGUCUGGAAGCAGUUGGAGGAUGGAAGGCAGCUAACAGAUUGAGGUUGAAUCCUGACAAAACAGAAGUACUGUUUCGGGCGGACAGGGGGCAGGACUUCCUAGCCCUGAAUGGGGUAACUGCCCUUGAAGGACCAGAUGCUCAGCCUGAGAGUCACAGCUGUCCAUGGAGGCGCAGGUUAAUUCUAUUUUCAGGGCAGCUCUCUACCUGAUCCAUCUGGUACACUGGCUGAGACCCUACCUGCCUGCACACUGUCUCACCAGAGUGGUACAUGCCUUGGUUAUCUCUCGAUUGGACUACUGCAGCACGCUCUAUGUGGGGCUACCUUUGAAGGUCCAGCUCCAAGGGCCUUCUGGCGGCUCCCUCCCUGCGAGAAGUGAGGUUACAGGGAACCAGGCAGAGGGCCUUCUCAGUAGUGGUGCCCUCUCUGUGGAACACCCUCCCAUCAGAUGACAAGGAGAUAAGUAACUAUUCAACCUUUAGAAGACAUCUGAAGGCAGCUCUGUAUAGGAAAGUUUUUAAUGUUUAAUGUUUUAUUAUGUUUUUGUAUAUGCUUGAAGCAGCCCAGAGUUGCUGGGGCAAACCAGUCAAAUGGGUGGAGUACAAAUAAUGAAACUACAGUGGUACCUCGCAAGACGAAUGCCUCGCAAGACGAAAAACUCGCAAGACGAAAGAGUUUUUCGUUUUUUGAGUUGCUUCGCAAGACGAAUUUCCCUAUGGGCUUGCUUCGCAAGACGAAAACGUCUUGCGAGUUUGUUAACUUUUUCUUAAAACCGUUAAUACCGUUAAAACCGUGCUUCGCAAGACAAAAAAAUCGCAAGACAAAAAAACUCGCAGAACGAAUUAAUUUCGUCUUGCGAGGCACCACUGAUGAUGAUGAUGAUGAUGAUGAUGAUGAUGAUUAUUAUUAUUAUUAUUAUUAUUACUGCUACUACUACUUUACCCUUAAUUGUAUUUUAGACUAGAGCUGAGGCCCUACUCAGGAAAUAAUAAGAAUAAAGUUUUCUUAAAGCAUAUUUUUCUGUUUAAGAUAAAGCACAUAAGCAAGGAGUAAAUGUUUGCUAUUCCUCCCCCCUUCAGAUUUGCAACAACAAAAGAAACUGCCACUGUGAUCCAGGAUGGGCACCUCCAAAUUGCAAGGAAAAAGGAGGCCCCCUUGGAGGAAGCAUUGACAGUGGACUUCGCAUGCUGGCUUCUGGUUAGUAAAAGCAGGACCCCCCAUCCUGACAAACAGCUCUGCUGCAGUAAUUUCCAAACUGUUUAGAAUUAGGACCCACCUUUCACCUCAGCCUGAAACCAUGGGGCUGGGUUUCAUUUUUGUUUUAACCCAUUCAUUCCCCUCCUUAUUCUUCCCUUGAAUUUUCUGUCUUUCUCAAGGCAGAAAGAUAAGAAGUGACAGCACAUUAGCUUAAUAAUCACUCCUUCUUCCAAAGGAACUUUAGGAUUGCAGGCUGUGUGUUUAUGAGAGUCAGUGUGAGUGAAAUGUUUUAGAAUUCUUGGUGCCUGAACUAAACUGCAAUUCCCAGGAAAUGGGGGAAGGGUGGCAGUUAAGCUGGUAUAAAAUUGGUAUAUGUUUUCAGUAUAGACAUAACCCCUCUCUCCAUCCCUGUAUUUCUAGUUCUCUUUCAAAGAGCAAAAGUGAAAAGCAAAUGUUUUAGUACUACUAAACCAGGCUGUGAUGAACUUGUGGAUUCUGAUGCGCCAACUGAAUCCCUGUGGACUAGUACAAAGUCAACGUGGGUGUACUUGCUGAUGUACGAUUAAUUGGGCCAGAACAAAACUUAUUGGUGCCAGAGUAAAAAAUCCAAACAAUGCCUUCUUCUUCUUGUAUAAUAACCCUGGACCACAAGAGACACUUUACCAGGAGACACUCUUGCCCAAACUCCAGUGAAAGGAACAGGAGCUGUACAUGAGGAUAGCACUUAGACACAGAAGAGAGAGAGAACACUGCAGAGAAAGAAGCUAACACAUUCCUAGUGCUACCCAGUUACUGCUUUUCUGCUGUAAGCUGCAAGCAGAACUGCAACUGAUUUCCUACAUCUUGAGUAGUAGGGCAUGUUUCUAUGUGUAUAACCUGAUAUGUUCUGCUGACACCUGUGGAUUUGACAUAACUUCUGUCUGCAGCUUCACUGUGACCUUUGUGAAGGAUGCCAUUUUAUAACCCCAUUUUAUAUAUAUUUUUAAACGGUCUUUUAAUUUAACACUUUUCCAGCUCUCCAUUUAUUUUUUAAUGAAAGAGAGGAAUAGUGCUGUAAAACUGUGUCAUUACAUUUUUAUACCACAAUAAUGCUAAAUUAAAAAAUAAAAAAACCUUUCUGGUUGUUGCUGUUUUAGCAACGUGGAAAGAGUUUACUUUCUAAUCUUUAAAAAAUCCUAUAAAAUUGGAGCAUUGGGCAGUGCCACGCUAAAAAUGUCUAAUGCGGCAGCUCUCCUGGUUCAGUCUUUGCUGUGAAAUUUGUUUUCAUCUAGAUAUUACAGAAAGAGCCAUAGAAGACAACAUGCGGACGUGGGUGCUCCUAAGCAUAUUUCUCUUUCUGCCCAUUGUGGUUGGGUCAGCCGUCCUGAUUGUCAAAUGGGCACGAAUCAGCAACUACUUCAUAGAGGACAGCGGGUCCCUAGGUGAUUCUGAGUAAGUCACAGUUUAUCAGGGCCUGCCCUGUACACACCUGAAAUCUUCUGGUACAUCAGCAAUUUGGACAAAUAGGACCUGCAACAGAAUGCAGUCUUUUUCAGCCAUGGCCACCUCCACAUGCCCUUUCCCCUCUCACCCACUUUUGCAUUGGGCUGUGGGUUUUUUGUGGGGGGAAGUCCCUUGCUUAGGGAUUUUUGUUGUAUUUCUGCAAACCUUGGGGUUCAUCUGAGCCUGCUGAUGCGUCAGAGGUGCCAUUUUAGCUACAUAAUAACACAGAUAGGAGUUUGCUGUUAGUAUAUCUUGGGGGGGGGCUGUAUAUCCCUCCAGAUGUGGUUGACCAUACUGGAGGGAGAUGAUGUCCAACAACAAAAGAAAAGCAAGGAUAGGAAACCUGUGUGGUUGUACUGCAACAACCCAUUAUGGCUAGUGGUCAGGAAAGAUGGGAGGUGUAGUCCAGCAACCUCUGAAGGGCCAUAGGUUGCCCACCCCAGUACAUAUAAUAAUAAUUAAUUUUCAGACUGUAUAGUAAAGCUAACUCCAUGACAAAGCCAAGGUAUGCUUAACUGUAUAUAAUUGAGGUUAAGUACCGGUAACCUUAGGGACGCAGGUGGCACUGUGGGUAAAACCUCAGUGCCUAGGACUUGCCGAUCGUAUGGUCGGCGGUUCGAAUCCCCGCGGUGGGGUGAGCUCCCCUCUUUCGGUCCCAGCUCCUGCCCACCUAGCAGUUCGAAAGCACCCCUAAGUGCAAGUAGAUAAAUAGGUACCGCUUUAUAGCGGGAAGGUAAACGGCGUUUCCGUGUGCUGCGCUGGUGCUGGCUCGCCAGAGCAGCUUCGUCACGCUGGCCACGUGACCUGGAAGUGUCUCCGGACAGUGCUGCCCCCGGCCUCUUAAGCGAGAUGGGCGCGCAACCCCAGAGUCGGACACGAUUGGCCCGUACGGGCAGGGGUACCUUUACCUUUACCUUACCAGUAAUCUGAAUUCUCAUUACAUUUCAGAUCUUAUACUAGAUCCGAUGAAUAUAGCAUGUCAGACAAAACAAGGUAAGCUUCAACUAACUUAAAGUAUACUGAUUAAAAACAAACUACCGUAUUUUUCGUUCUAUAAGACGCACCAGACCACAAGACGCACCUAGGUUUUGGAGGAGGAAAACAAGGGAAAAAAAUAUUCUGAAUCUCAGAAGUCAGAACAGCAAUAGGGAUCGCUACGCAGUGAAAGCAGCAAUCCCUCUUGCUGUUCUGGCUUCUGGGAUAGCUGCGCAGCUUGCAUUCGCUCCAUAAGACGCACACACAUUUUCCCUUACUUUUUAGGAAGGAAAAAGUGAGUCUUAUAGAGCAAAAAAUACGGCAACUUUCCUUUUUUUUAAUUAAUAUUUAUUAAAGUUUCAGAGAAAAUAGAAUCACAUUAAUAAACAAAAAAAAUUAAAAAGAAAAAAGAAAAAUACACAAUACAAAAUACAAAAAGAGAAAAGGAGGGGGGGAAAACAGUUAAAAACAAUUCCGUCUUUUCAUAACUUCUUUUACAUUUACUUGUUUCCCGGACUUCCUCAUACCUCCCUCUUUUGUAUUCCAAUUCAGUUUGUUAGUCCAGCAAUUUCUUUCCCUCCUUUUUAAUCCCAAUCCUUAAUCUUAAUAUAUUAUAACAUUAGAUUUUUAUCUAUUUAAAACCAAUUUUCCCAUUCUUUUAACCUUUUUAAUCCUAAUCCUUAAUCUUGAUAUAUUUAUAACUUUAGAACCUGUACAGCUAGAAGCCACUUAACUUCAAUCCAACAUCACUCUAACAUUCAUAAAAUACGGUAACUUUCCUUCCAGAGCUGGCUGCAGUCUAGAAAAGGAUCACUCCCUAAUUUAUUUCCUCCCUUUGUGAUAGUGAAACGUGGAUUGAAUUGUCUAGUUUUCCCCACCAAUUAAGGAAGGACUGGGUUUCUCUGCAAAAUCUGCAUGUUAUCUUUCCUUCCAAGGAGCCUCAAGGGAACACACAGUAAAAUAAGACCUGAAAACAAACAUGGGCAGAGCAGUCUUUUACUCUGAUUACUCAGGGGUUGUGUGUGGGGGUGGCCAGAGAGUGAUUCUGUUGCUCUGCCAGCAAAGUAACUGUCAUAUCUACUAUUCAGUCUCACUCUACACCAGCCCAAAAAUUAGAAGUCAGCUUGGGAUGUGAGGGCGAUCUGGCUGUGACAUCUGUCACCCCAUUGAUCACCAGGGUUGAUUCGGCUGAUCUGGCAGCUAGGCGGGUGUCCCCUUCCUCCCUCACCGCUCCAUGUGCAUCCCUCCCGAAGCUGCACACUUGGUGGAAGAGGACGGCCCUCCCAGAUAGAAGGAGUGUACCGUUAUUCGGUCAAGGGUAUACAAUAGCUGUGCUCCCCUGCUAGAACCUCCAAACAAGCUCAAAAAUUAGAAGUCAGCUUAAUAGUCACAAUAGACACAGCAUUCCUGGAAAACCAUCAAAGCUUACCAAUCCUGGACUCCACCAGCAAUGAUGCCCACAGGCUGCCCCCACAUGCACCACUGCAUCAUCAGACACACAGUGUGCAUCACAGUGUCCCCCAAUGGCACAGAUCCAGUGGCACAGCCAGCAGUCAGCCCUCUACUGCUUGUCUCCAGGCACCCCUACAAGCCAGACUGCUUGAACUCACAGCUGUUGUUCUUUUAGCACAACACACAAAGGGGAGGAAGGAGAGCCCCCACAACGCAGCACCCAUAUAGCUCUGGGCUUAGAGGGCCUUCAAAGAGCAUUCACAUUCGUCCUGAGCCGAGACUAAGGUUCAGGGCCCACCCAAGGUCAUCCAAGGCCAAGAGCGGAAGAUGCAACAGGCAGAGUCACAGACACCCCGCAACAGCCAUCAGCCUCCAGUUGAUCACUGCACUGAGUGACGGAUUGUGAUGCAGAAGAUGAGAGUUUGUGCCACAUCAAGGUUGAGGUGGAAAUACCCUUACUCAGCUUUUGUAUACCUAACUGGGGGGAAAUCCAACAGUGAUGUCAGGGGUAAAAGAAAGGGAACUUUUAGGAGGCUGCCAACAUGGAUUCCAGCCCAGGGCAUUUCCUGAAUCAGUCAGCCAAGGCAACACAAAUGGAUGACACAGCUCAUGGGGCAUUGAUUUUCCCUGAGACCCUCAUCAUUAACACCAAGAGGAGUCAAUCAAUACCUUAGAAAGUGGUACUAUAGACAGCAGAUUAUUUGGGCAAUUUUUAUAUUAGGGCACCAGCUUGAUGUUAGGAACACUUUUGCUAUAACACAACCCCAAAGAGGUGGGCCUCACUUGUGGUUGACAUGGAACAUGAGUUGGGAUAGAUCAAAUGGCAUGAAGGAAUCAGUCGCACAACCCCAAGCCUUUCUAAACAAGGAGAAUUUUUGCUCGUCUCCUGGAGGGGACUGUCAGGCAGGAUUCCAAAGAAUUUAAAAAAAAAAUGUUCAUGACUUCUGCUAUUCUAUGGGAAUAUAUGACUAUGAGUCUCCUUAAAUUAUAUAAAUACUACAACUACAAACAAAAGACUCAUUAAAUACUGUCCUAUUAAUGACAGCGAUGUUUGCUUUUUCUUAUUUUCUUUUGAAUAUAAGAAUUAUACAUUCUUAUAUUAUUAUUCAUCAUUACUCAAUUUUAACUGUAUUUGGUCUGUUUAAAAUAUAGGAUAGUAUCCGUUCUAAUUGUUUAGAUACUGUUUUCUCAAUUCGCGUGGUUUCAUCAAUUCAAAAAUGUUAAAUGGCACACCUAAAACUCUGCCAGUCUUCACCAGUGUGGUGCCCUCCAGAUGUUUUGGAGUGCAGCUCCUGUUGGCCUCAGCCAGCUUGGCCAUUUGAUGCCAGGGCUGAAGGGAGUUGUGGUCUGAAACAUCUGGUGGGCACCACGUUGGUGAAGGCUGAACAAAGCAGUGACAGGCUUUGCUUGGGAAACUGUUUUAUAACAGCAGCAGCACUUCCAGGCAAAGACCCACACUAGAUCUUGUCUCUCAUAGAAAAGGUACAAAGCAGGGCCAGUCCACCCAAGAGGCAAGGUAAAGUGACUGCCACAGGAAGCAGGAUUCAUAGGGGCAGCAGAUCUGGCCUCCAAAGUACGCAUCACCUCCUCCUGCUGUUGUGGUGGCAGUGACAGCACUCCUUGGAGGCCGGAUCUGUGCUUUCUUUGGCAGCCCACCCCCCAUGCCACCUCAACAGCAGCCUCUUGGUGAACAGGUCUCCUCCGACUCUUGUUCCCAAUGCACAGCUUUAUUCGCCCCAGUUCCUGAUGUAGAUCUUCACUCAGCCCUUCCUCCCUGACAGGCAGGAGGUGCCAGUCUGUGGUUUGCCUUAGGGGCCAAAGUGUCUUGGGCCAGCCCUGGUACAGAAAGACUAUGCAGGGAGUGGAGAGGCUUCUAUGGGAGAAGAUGGUUUUUCCAAUGUCUUCUCCAUCUUUCUGGGUGGUGCUAAGGAAAUGCAGAUGCACCAUUUUGCCUCAUUUUGCGGAUUCUCCUUAUUGUAUUGCUCCAUCAUGUCUUCUCUCCUCUCUCCCUCCUGCUGCCCCUAUCAUGUGAAUAGCUUGAGCAACCGAGAAGACACAACGUGACCAGACCUGGGCCAGGCUCCUGCUGUUUAUAUGACUUGUAGCUGCCUAAUAAAUUACUGCUUGCUUAUACAGUACAGGUGAAAGGUAUUCUGUGAAUGGUUCUCCAGGUCCUUCUUUGCAUUUGUAUACAGCAUGCAGGGGCUUCAUUAUGGGUUGGCAUCAGCAGGUGCAAGCUGAGACUGCAAGUCCUGCCAAUUACCCAUCAAGGUAAAGGUAAAGGGACCCCUGACCAUUAGGUCCAGUCGUGACCAACUCUGGGGUUGCGGCGCUCAUCUCGCUCUAUAGGCCGAGGGAGCCGGCGUUUGUCCGCAGACAGCUUCCGGGUCAUGUGGCCAGCAUGACUAAGCCACUUCUGGCAAACCAGAGCAGUGCAUGGAAACGCCGUUUACCUUCCUGCCGGAGCGGUACCUAUUUAUCUACUUGCACUUUGAUGUGCUUUCGAACUGCUAGGUUGGCAGGAGCUGGGACCGAGGAAUGGGAGCUCACCCCGUUGCAGGGAUUCGAACCGCCGACCUUCUGAUCAGCAAGUCCUAGGCUCUGUGGUUUAACCCACAGCGCCACCUGCGUCCCUGUUACCUAUCAAGCAAAGUUUGUAUUCUUAGGCACAUAUCCAAGCAUUCUUCACAGCUAAGUUUGCCCCCCCCCCCCCCAACAACCAGCUCUUAGGCUUACCAGCUGCGUGGAAAGCAGAAAUGAAACCAUUACAGCGGUACCUCGGUUUACAAACUUAAUCUGUUCCGGAAGUCCUUUCUUAAACCAAGGCGCGCUGUCCCUAAUGAGGCCUCCUGCCACAUGUGCCCUUCCACCAUUCUGAUUCCGUUCUUAGACCGAGGUAAAGUUCGCAAACACUACUUCCGGUUUUGCAGAGUUCGUAAACCGAAUCAUUUGUAAACAGGACUGUUCUUAAAUCGAGGAACCACAGUACUUUGUCCCCUUCUUCCAGCUUUACAGUGAUUUUUGUUUGUGAAUGAAACUUUGUCGCCUCGCACACUACUGCUAAGACAGGUGAUCUGGGAGGGAGGAGCAGAAUGGCAGCACAAAUCUUAUGUCCCAGCCAACCUAAUUUACUGAGGGCAGCUCCUCUUUUCUGGUACCUGUUCUGGUAAUUUGGGUUUGAGGACUCAUUGAAGCCUGGCGCAAACACACACAAAAGGUGGCAAAGCAGGGCUGGUGUGGGGUGUGGCCUGGGAAGAUGCUCAGAUCUAGAAAGCCGCGUGUGAUCUGGAGCCUGAGAUUCCCCAUUCUGGGUUCCCUCUAGUCAGGCCUCCCGUUAUCCAGAGCCACCAGCCUGAUGUCUGUGUCUUUGAUCCCUUUUAAACCAUUCCAGGAGCUGGCUGCUGAACAGUUUGGGUAAGAUGCUACCUAAGAAAUAAAUAAAUCUUUUGUGGGGCGCUUUUGUCUAGAGCAGGCAUAGACUGAAAAUUCUCAUACUGCCUCUGACCUUCUGGACAGUUCUGAGCAAAAUAAGACCAGUGGCCCUGUUGAGGUAGUAGUGGACUAGAAAAGGCCCAAUCUGAUCACCUUCUGGAGCCUGAAAUCAAAAUCAGGUGCAGAUCAGUAAGUGGCCUGGGUCACGUGUCGUGCUAAGACAAGCCAUGGUUCUCCAGGGUUUCAGACAGGGUCUCUGCCUAGAGACAAAUGGAUGUUUCCACUGAUUCAGCUUUAACAAGCGUGUGUUUUUUCGGGCAAACUGCUCUAACACAGAGUGUUAAAGCAUGGGCCCUGGACCUCUGCCUGAAAGAGUGGGACCAAAGAUAUGUGUUGCUGAGGCCUUAGUUUUCAAAGGAAGAGAAAGGGUCAGCAUCAUCAAAGGGCAGCCAAGGGGAAAGGGUGGAGCAGGAUGUGUUCAAGGAGCUGAGGUGUUCAAGGUGAGACAAAAGUCAUGGGUGGGAUUUUCUUGGAGCAUGAGCACUGAGAAGUGGAGGAGAGGUGCAAGAUAAGGAAUGGGAGUUUGUUUUGACUCUGGGAGCGAUCAGGAAGCCACUGCGUGUGAGGUGGAGUAUUGUGUGCUCAGAGAGAAAAGGGAGUAAUGAAAGAUAUUAUUAGCAUCCCACAACGAAUUUGAGGUUAAUUAAGCUCACUUUUCCUAUAAUCUCCUUGAACCUUGGCUAGUACUUUCUAUUUUUUCCAGAGGGCUGUUGCAAUUUGAGAAUGUCAGCUAUGGAAUUGAGCAUUUGAAAGACUCAGCUAAUUAUGAGCACCUGAUUUAUCAAAUAAACAACAAAAACCUCCAGAGUCUACUUAGCAGAGAAGAUUUGCCAUCUACAGAAAGACCACUGGGCAGCAAGGGCGUGUCAUAUAAGCUGCUCUCAGAUAUUUCAGUAAGUGCUAAGAGGUUUCAUUCAUUCCUAAACAGGCCUUUAGAAGUGAUUACCAUCAAUAUUCAUGUUUAUUUGGAGUCCUCCCUGAGAACUUGGGUUAGUAGGCUUACAAUACAGAUGCAAUGCAAUAAACAGACAAUAGAUACUAGGGUGGAAAAAGGUGAAUUCUCCUUUGUGUGCUCAUCGCAUAACUUACCUGCACUGGAUGUCUAUGAUGUACCUGUACACAGGAUACAGAGAAUAAAUUUUUAAAAAGAAAAAGGCAGUGGCAUAGCAUCGGUUGCUGGAAUCCGGGGUGUGUGUGUGCAUGUGCCAGGUAGGGGGAGGCUGCACGCGCACUGGGCGGAGGGAUGCCAGCCCAGCCCUCAGUGCUGAUGCCGCCAGAAUGAUUCCAUCCCCAACGGAGAAGUGGAGCCAUCCUGAGCCACCUGCCUGUGUUUCUCACCCAAGGCCCUUCUCUGAGGCUAGUGCAGAUGGUGGCAACCUGAAAACGGGACUUUUCACAGGUGACUCCCCAGUUGUGGAAUGCUGUCUUCAGGGAGGUACACAUGGCACCACCACUCAGUGGCGUAGCGUGGGGGGUGCAGGGGGGGCGGCCGCACCGGGCGCAACAUCUGGGGGCGCGCGCUCGCACUCGCAGCUCUCUGCCCCUACCUGGCUCACUCACUCUCUCUCACUGCAGUGCUGGCUGUGCGAAUCCGAUCCGAGCCGCUGGGUCGCCGCCCACUGUGGAGGGGGUGGGUGCCAGGCGUGCGGUGCGGAGAGAGAGCGAGGGACUAUCUGGGGGAGAGACAGUGCAGCGGCCGCCCAGCGCAGCGCUGAGCGGGGGAGAAAACCACACCAGACCAGACCAGGCAGCAGCAAGAAGAAGCUGGCAGCGGCGGCAGGUUAGGGGUUAGGGGGCGCAAAUUACUUGCCUUGCCCCGGGUUAGGGGGCGCAAAUUACUUGCCUUGCCCCGGGUGCUGACAACCCACGCUACGCCGCUGCCACCAUUUUCAAUUUUUGGUGCCAGGGGGAAAUGUUCCUGUUCACCUAAGCAUUUGAUCCCUAAUUGGGGUCAUAUCCUAGAGCCGGUUGUGGUGUUCAUCUCUUAAUAGUGUGGCAUAGGAUUUAUCCUUUCUAUAGUAUUGCCAAAGCCGAAAGGUUGCUCAGUUGCAGAUAUGCCUGGAAGCGAAAGGAAAGCCCAAUGCUGUAAAGGAAAAUAUUGCAUAGGAACCUGGAAUGUAAGAACCAUGAACCUGGGUAAGUUGGGUGUGGUCAAAAAUGAGAUGGCAAGAAUAAAUAUUGACAUCCUGGGCAUCAGUGAACUAAAAUGGACGGGAAUGGGCAAAUUCAGUUCGGAUGACCAUCAUAUCUACUACUGUGGGCAAGAAUCCCAUAAAAGAAAUGGAGUGGCCCUCAUAGUCAACAAAAGAGUGGUGAAAGCUGUACUGGGAUGCAAUCUCAAAAAUGAUAGAAUGAUCUCAAUACGAAUCUAAGGCAGACCUUUUAACAUCACAGUAAUCCAAGUUUAUGCACCAACUAGUGGUGCUGAAGAAACUGAAAUUGACUAAUUCUAUGAAGACUCACAACACCUUCUAGAAAUGACACCAAAGAAGGAUGUUCUUCUCAUUAUAGGGGAUUGGAAUGCUAAAUAGGGAAUCAAGAGAUAAAAGGAACAACUGGCAAGUUUGGCCUUGGAGAUCAAAAUGAAGCAGGGCAAAGGCUAAUAGAGUUCUGUCAAGACAACAGGCUGGUCAUCACAAACACGCUUUUCCAACAACACAAGAGACGACUCUACACAUGGACAUCACCAGAUGGGCAGCAUCGAAAUCAGAUUGAUUAUAUUCUCUGCAGCCAAAGAUGGAGAAGCUCUAUACAGUCAGCAAAAACAAGACCUGGAGCCGACUGUGGCUCAGAUCAUCAGCUGCUUAUAGCAAAAUUCAAGCUUAAACUGAAGAAAGUAGGAAAAACCACUGGGCCGGUAAGAUACAAUCUAAAUCAAAUCCCUUAUGAAUACGCAGUGGAAGUGAGGAACAGGUUUAAGGAUCUAGAUUUGGUGGACAGAGUGCCUGAAGAACUAUGGAUGGAGGCUCGCAACAUUAUACAGGAGGCAGCAACGAAAACCAUCCCAAUGAAAAGGAUAUGCAAGAAAGCAAAGUGGCUGUCCAACGAGGCCUUAAAAAUAGCGGGGGUGGGAAGGCAAGCAAAACACGAGGGAGAUAGUGAAAGAUACAGGAAAUUGAAUGCAGAUUUCCAAAAAAUAGCAAGGAGAGACAAGAAGGCCUUCUUAAACGAGCAAUGCAAAGAAAUAGAGGAAAACAACAGAAUAGGAAGAACCAGAGAUCUGUUCAAGAAAAUUGGAGAUAUGAAAGGAACAUUUCGUACAAAGAUUACCAUAAUAAAGGACAAAAGUGGUAAGGACCUAACAGAAGCAGAAGACAUCAAGAAAAGGUGGCAAGAAUACACAGAGGAAUUAUACCAGAAAGAUAUGGAUGGCUCGUACACCCCAGGUAGUGUGGUUUCUGACCUUGAGCCAGACAUCCUGGAGAGUGAAGUCAAAUGGGCCUUAGAAAGCACUGCUAAUAACAAGGCUAGUGGAAGUGAUGGUAUUCCAGCUGAACUAUUUAAAAUUUUAAAAGAUGAUGCUGUUAAGGUGCUACACUCAAUAUGCCAGCAAGUUUGGAAAACUCAGCAGUGGCCAGAGGAUUGGAGAAGACCAGUCUACAUCCCAAUCCCAAAGAAGGGCAGUGCCAAAGAAUGCUCCAACUACCGCACAAUUGCACUCAUUUCACACACUAGCAAGGUUAUGCUUAAAAUUCUACAAGGAAGGCUCAAGCAGUGUGUGGACCGAGAACUCCCAGAAGUGCAAUCUGGAUUUAGAAGAGGCAGAGGAAACAGAGGCCAAAUUGCAAACAUGCGCUGGAUUAUGGAGAAAGCUAGAGAGUUCCAGAAAGACAUCUGCUUCUGCUUCAUUGACUAUGCAAAAGCCUUUGACUGUGUCAACCACAGCAAACUAUGGCAAGUUCUUAAAGAAAUGGGAGUGCCUGAUCACCUCAUCUGUCUCCUGAGAAAUCUCUAUGUGGGACAAGAAGCUACAGUUAGAACUGGAUAUGGAACAACUGAUUGGUUCAAAAUUGGGAAAGGAGUACAACAAGGCUGUACAUUGUCUUCCUGCUUAUUUAACUUAUAUGCAAAAUUCAUCAUGCGAAAGGCUGGGCUGGAUGAAUCCCUAGCCGGAAUUAAGAUUGCCGGAAGAAAUAUCAACAACCUCAGAUAUGCAGAUGACACAACCUUGAUGGCAGCAAGUGAGGAGGAAUUAAAGAACCUUUUAAUGAGGGUGAAAGAGGAGAGCGCAAAAUAUGGUAUGGUCUGAAGCUCAACAUCAAAAGAACGAAGAUCAUGGCCACUGGUCCCAUCACUUCCUGGCAAAUAGAAGGGGAAGAAAUGGAAGCAGUGGAAGAUUUUACUUUCUUGGGUUCCAUGAUCACUGCAGAUGGUGACAGCAGUCACGAAAUUAAAAGACACCUGCUUCUUGGGAGAAAAGCAAUGACAAACCUAGACAGCAUCUUAAAAAGCAGAGACAUCACCUUGCCAACAAAGGUCCAUAUAGUUAAAGCUAUGGUUUUCCCAGUAGUGAUGUAUGGAAGUGAGAGCUGGACCAUAAAGAAGGCUGAUCGCCGGAGAAUUGAUGCUUUUGAAUUCUGGUGCUGGAGGAGACUCUUGAGAGUCCCAUGGACUGCAAGAAGAUCAAACCUAUCCAUUCUUAAGGAAAUCAACCUUGAGUGCUCACUGGAAGGACAGAUCCUGAAGCUGAGACUCCAAUACUUUGGUCACCUCAUGAGAAGAGAAGAGUCCCUGGAAAAGCCCCUGAUGUUGGGAAAGAUGGAGGUUACAAGGAGAAGUGGACGACAGAGGACGAGAUGGUUGGACAGUGUUCUCGAAGCUACCAGCAUGAGUUUGACCAAACUGCGGGAGGCAGUGGAAGACAGGAGUGCCUAGCGUGCUCUGGUCCAUGGGGUCACGAAGAGUCGGACACAACUAAACGACUAACAACAACAGCAAAUAGUAUUGCAGAAUGAACACUUCUAGUAUAUUUUUUUUUUUGAUAUUUGUUUUAAACUUCUGUAAUUGUAUCCUUUUUAUGAUGCUUUAUGACAUUUUAUGUAGUAAAUGGUGAAUAGAUGCAAGAAAUAAUAAUAUAAUAAAAUAAAGCUGAAUUGGUCAUAAAGUGAUGAAAAUAGCUGUUUACUUGGCCGUUUUCCUAUGUCAUGAAGGCUGAAAUUUCAAUUCGGUGGAGGAGGGUCAAUAUAUUAACUGAUAUGCAUGAAAUUUUAGAUAUAGCUAUAUAAUGCCUAUUAUAGUAAGUUAAGACCUUUGGAACAGGCAUUUUCAAUAAAAAAAAAUUAUGAACCACCUUAAUGAUUUAUCAUCCAUUCCCAUAAAAACCUCUUGGUAAUAAUGGUCACAUUUCUUUCUUCCCUCAGCAUUGGUGCACACUAUGGCAAACAGGAAAAGACCCUGCACCCACCGAGUGAACAUGGUCAUCUAUUUUAAAAAAAAGAGCAGAUGAAGAUUGUUCUUUGACAGAAGGCAUAGUCAUCCAUGUAGACCUGUGUCUUGGGCAGAUCCAGUAAUCCUAGGCUCCACUCUAUCAUGUGCCCGCCCUCCUCCAGGCCUGCAGUGCCUAAGCCAAAUCCAAACUACACCCGGAAUCAAGAGUUGGUGGGCCUCACCAAGGCAACCAGGAAAAGACCAAGGAGCCACAGAGUGGACAUGGUCAUAUGUUAAAAAAAGCAGAGCAGAUGAAGAUUGUUCUUUGACAGGAGGCAUAGUCAACAACUUGAGUAGGAAUCAGUGAGCUGACAAACUACUUAUUGAUUUGCUUGCACAAAGUUUAUGCAGAAGUUAGAUUAUAUCUGGACUUUAUGGAGCAAUCUGAAUGACUGAGCACUUUAAUCCACUUUAACAGCACCAACCUAAAUCUCCUGUGCACACUUGAAUCCCUCCCAUAAAAUACCAACAAGGAGGUGGCCAGAGAGAAUGGCAGCUUACCCAGACUGGUGCUGGGCUGCAACUAGGUGGCUGGCAGCUGGAGAAUUCCUAUGCCGGCCGCUUGGAUUGGCAGGCUUUCCCACCAUCCAUUUAUUUGAUUCCUGACCAAUACAGCCAGGCUAAAUAAAAGGCUUCCAAUUCUUCUCAUUGUACUUGUAUUGUUACUUACGUUUAACGCACAGCCUUCUAUUACCCUAAUUUGUUUUCGUGUACUCUAACAAAUUAACAGUUGCACAUUGUAUUUUACAAGGAGCAGUUUAAUUCCGCAAGGAGAUUGUUAUUUGGACAAUAUGUUUUUAGGUAAUCUUUGAAUAGUUUCUUUUAUUUACAAAUUCAAUGAACGAUUGUAUAAUAAUGCAUUGUAUCCCCCCCUUUCUUGUCUUAAUCUUUUCUUUUCUUUUUUAUUGAAUUAAAAUACAAAUAUAUAAACAUACAUAAAGAUAAUUAAAAAAUAAUAAUAAUACAGCCAGUCUAAGUGGGCUGGGCUUCACCCCAGUCUGCCCCCAGCCUAUAAAGGCUGGCUGUGCCCAAUCCCAGUCGGCUGAAGAACAUUCCUCCUUUCCCACCCUAUUCAGUAAUACUGUGGGUUUUGUAGGUUAACCUUUUGCUUCCUAGGGUACUGUGUUUGUGGGCCCUGCUAUGGUUCUAUAAUGGUUGCUGUUUUUGGAACCGGGAAGCAAUUGGCCUGCAGACAGAUUGGCCCCAUCUGCAGGUGUUGCUUUCCCCAUAGCAACAAUCACUAUUUGUUGCUAUUUGUUGUUAAUAUCGGUUGAGAAUAUUAAUAUUUUCCUUUUCUGGUGGUUAAUCUUAAAACAGGGGUCAGCAAACUUUUUUUGGAGGGGUCUGGGUCACUGUCAUCCACAUACUGCCAGAACCACCUUUUGUGAAUCAAGAGCAGUUUCCCCUCUUUACCUGGCCUCAUAGUCAUUGUGGAUUAGCAGGAGAUGCUGCAGAAUAGAAAGGAGAUGCUGCUCUGCGUUGACUCAUUAACUUGCAGGUUUUGCCUAAGUCUAAUCCAACCUCCACCUGGAAUCAAUAAUCCACAGGGUGGACAUGAUGAACAUAGCUGUCAAGCGUCCCUUAUUUGGCGGCACAGUCCCUUAUCCCAGCGCCAUGUCCCGCUGCUGUCCCUUAUUGAUGAUGUCCCUUAAAUAAGCUACUGAAGGUAAUGGGGCCCUUUCUAUGUCCAGCUGUGCUUUGUCAACAACAAAUUGUUGCUGUUUCUUUGUGUUGAAUAUAUGCUAUAUGGUAAUUUAUGGACCUAAUAGGUAUCUAAAGCCAUUUGCACGCAACAAAAUAUGUAUUUUAUCAAAGUAAUUGUUGAUCCCUUAUUUUGGCUGCUGAUCCCUUAUUUUCGAGGCUGCUGGUCCCUUAUUUUCAAAUCUGUAAGUUGACAGCUAUGAUGAUGAACUUCAUGAAGAAUUUGUAGUAAUUUCAAAGGUGCCCAGGGUGGACAUGGUCUUAUAAUCCUCUUCAACAACUGAAAUGUCCUCUGUCCACCAGAUAAGCUCAAUAUAAACUUAAUAUAAGAUUGUGAUGUAAGCUGACACCCCUUCCUUGAAUCACUAUCUAUUAAAUACUGUUAAAAGUUAAGUACUAUGACAAAUAUGAACAGUACAUUGUUCCAAAAUAAUUAUGUCAAAACAUGGGUUGAAGUUUAAAAAGAUAUGUCAAGAUG